CAGCCUGAUACAUCUGGGAUGGCACUUUCUCCAAGUUCAACCUUCUUUGAGUAAAAUUUAUUUUGCCUAACUAAGAUGUCCUCAAGCGCCGGCCAGCGAUUUGCAGACUACUUUGCAGUUAGUGGCUUAGACCUUGUAACCGGGCUUGAAGCUGAUCAGUUGUCAGGUUUGUGAGAAAAUAAUAGUAUUCGCAGGACCCGGGAAUCCAUGUCGUUAACGAGGCAGAUGUGCGCGAUUUCAGUUUAGGGCUAUUGUUUUUGUUUUUUUCUAAUGCAUUAAGAGUGAAUUUAGACCGUCGAAUCUCGCCAAUAUUUAAGGUACGAAAUGUGGGUAGGCUUUUCCAAUUAAGAGAGUUUGCCAUGGAGAAUUAAAUGUUUAAGUUUUUUUACUGUUCUCGAAUAAUUUUCCACCAAUUGCCAGUUUUCGCCAUUAGACAGCAGUCAGUCAUGAAGCGUUCUGUACUUCGAUCCGCUUAGAUUUUACUGCUAUGAAUGAACUGUUUAGAUUCUUCAAAAAUGUAUCAUCAAAAAGGGGCUGAUUGCAAUUUUUGUAAAGCAAAAAUUAGCUAAAUUAAAGACUAAAUGCAUCCCGCAGUAAAUUGGAAAAGAAUUCCAACCAGCUUACGACAGAAAUCGUGCAUAGCUGAACGACGUGGUUACUGCUUACCUUUUAUAGCAUCAUCAUUUUAUCUUGCAAUGUUUUCGAUCCUGGUUUCCUCUUAAGAUAAUUCUCCUGUGGGGGAUGGUAGUGAUAAUAUCUUUCAUGAUUAUAUCAUGGCGACGACUUGUUAUUUAUCUUUUUUUAGUAUCACAUGCAUGGAUGUCGUCCUUAAACAUAUUUUUUUGUGCCUGUGUGUUCAAAUGUUCAAAAUUUAAUUAAAGUAGGUGUAGGAAUUAUUUAUCAUCUUAGAGGCGUUGCAGUGUUACUAGAGGAAAAUUCCUAAACCUCUUGUUUACAUUAUCUGUAGCCGUUUUGAAGAGUAAUACACUGAAGUGUGCUCUCUUUUUAUUGAUCACGAUUUUAAGAGUGAGAAAUGGAAAUAAGUGGUUAAAUAUUCUACAGUUGAGCCAAAGUUUUUAAAUCAUAAAGGGGAACUAUGUAGAGACAAUUCUGUCAAAAAGUUGAAGGUAGAUUUUACUUGUGAUAUUCCUCUUUGAAUAAUAAUUAUUCUUGAAUAUUGGCUUCAAUACCCUUUUUCAAGUCAGUCUACCAGGGUGACUCAUUUCUUUAUACAUUAAAACUUUACUUUGUGCUGUGAUUAAGGUACCUCAGUGUGAUAAAUCAUGGAAGAGUGUUCUUAAUGUAUGAAUUUUGUUUUUUUUUACAUAAAAUCUAUAUACGGUUACCACAGUUGAUCUUAUCCAGACAGUGAAAGUUUCAGUGAAACUUGCACAGUCAUCCAUAGAUUUGCAUGGAUAACUCAUGCAGGUAUACAUGUACGUGUAGCUUAGCAGCUGACCAAUCUUAUACUGGCAGCCUGGCAAUGGGUUCUUGACUGCUUAUAUUCUUCUUUUCUAUUUCUCAGGAUCAGACCUAUUGUGUGCUUGCAGUUUCUACUCACAAAAUAAAAUCUCUAACAUUAUUUUUAGUCCAGUCUGGCUAAUGUGUAUCAUUGACAGUAAGGAAUGAAUUAACCCUUUCUAAGUCCCAAUAGUGACCAACAGCAAAUUUCUCCCAACAAUAUCCAUACAUUGUCAUGAGAUUAGGAUAUGAGAAUUAAUAAAAUGAUCACCCAAGAGAAAAUACUUUGAUCUUUUAUCAAUUUCUUCUAACUAAUUCUUAAAGGAAACGUAUAGACAUCAGUUUGGAGAAUUUGUAUGUGGAUAUUGGGGCUUAAAGGGUUAAACUGAACUGGGAUGAUGUUUGAAAUAUUAUUAUUGGUCUCUUUAAACCUUUAAGUCCCAAUAUCCACAAACAAAUUAUCCAAACUGGUCUCCAUACAUUUCAUUAAAGAAUGAGUUGAGAGAAUUUGUUCAAAGAUCAAGGCAUCUCUCUUUGGUAAUCAUUUUGUCAAUUCUCAUAACCGUAUCUCUUGACAAUGUACGGAUAUUGUCAGGAGAACAUUGAUGUUGGUCACUAUUGGGACUUAAAGGGUUAAAAGAGGCACUGGAUCUGUCCAAAAUGCACAUUUAUUGCAACAAACCCUAUAUCAAAAAUCACCCUUUACAUAACCUGUGUAAUUAUUAUUCUAUGCUUGUCCAGGUGAUUCUUUGCAUAUCUCUCCCUUGGAACGUUCCUUUAAAGCCAAGGUUUUAAUGCAUUUUCCUUCAAAUGUUGAAUGGAAUCCUUUUGACGAGGACGCUGUCCGUAUGGUAAGCUUAUUUUGCAAAAAUAAGUUUUUUUAACUGUGGGCCUUGCUUUAAUCCUGAGUAGGGUGAAGGUCUUCGACAUACAGUACAUUGUAAUACCUUUUUAAUGUAAACUUUUGUACUGCCCAAAGCUCCUUCUGAUCUACUGUAGGAACAGGCAGCCAUGCAUGCUUGAGACAUUUCCUGGAACUGGGUAUAUUACAUAAAAUGCAUGAUAGUUCCACCAUUGUAGCAGUAAAAUAGUAAUGAACUGUCAUUAAUAGGAUGAAAAGUUGCUCUAAGAUGGGGUUUCAAAGAUGGUGAUGAAGGCCAGUCAUAUCCAUUCCAAAUGGGUGUUCAGCUGGUUAACAACCAGCUUCCAUAGAAAAAGUCUUCAGAACUGCUUGCUUGACAGUUUAGGUGGACACCCACAAAAGUUACAUUUUGUAACAAUUUCCUGGCCAAUUAACCCUGCUUCUGAAUGCUACUGUACAUAACCAAGACAAGCUCUGGCUCAUGGGAAGUAACCUGGUUCCCAGGGUUCUCUUCUACCCAUCAAGAGACAGUCUCUCUAUCACUCCCUCCCUCUGUAGGGAUGGUUGGGUUAGUAGAGGUCAUGGAAAACCUGGGAAGUUAUGGAAUUUAAGAAUUUCAUUUUCAAGGCCUGGAAAGUCAUGGAAUUUAAUAAUUUUCUGUCCUUGAAGGUCAUGGAAAAUUAAAGUUUUGUUUGGUAGAUUAGUUACUACAGAUGAUAAAGCAAGAAUAAUGAUUGUAAGAUAAAGAGGAGUAAUUAAACAUUGUGAACGACACCCAUUUUGGUGGAUACCAUAGUUUGUUUCUGUUGAACUGUUUGGGGUCAAAAAAUGUGUUUUUGAACAAGUAAAGUUUUGAUAAUUUUUGAAAGUGACAGCUAAACCUAAGGUCAUGGAAAAAGUCAUGGAAAGUCAUGGAAUUUGAAGAACUCAAAAGAGUACGAACCCUAGAUGGGUUGGAGAGAACCCUGGGAAUGAGGUUGCUUGGAAAGAUUGUGUGUGACAAGUUAUUUUAGAAUGUCUGCCUGACAAAAGCUCUUGAGGUCUUCUUGGGUCAACCUACAGGCUGGCCAAAUUGUACAUGGGUGCAAGUAUCUAUGUACUACAUGUAUGAAAAUUGAUACAUACUGUUUUAUUCAUUUCAGCUGUGUUUACCCCAGGGAUUAACAUUCAAAAAGGAAUCAGAGCCACAUGAACCUAGUUUUCAUUCUUUUCUCAUCACUCGUGAGGAUGGAUCAAGGGUUUAUGGAUGUGCUCUUAAUUUCUAUGAAGUUGUUAAAGAUCCUCAGAUCUGUAAAGCUAUGGACACUUUACAAGCCAUGCAUGAAGCUGAAUUAGCCAUUGUAAAAUCAAGAUCACGUUCUAAAUCACCAGUAUUUAUAACAACAGACAAUGUUGGCUCCGUGGAGACACUAAGCCAUAGUGACCAUCUAAACACAAGUUCUGAGUUGCUGAAUAUAUCCAAUAAGAGAACCUUUAAUAUUAAUAAAGAUUCUCUUCUAGUUUCCAAAUCGAUCUGCAUUAUCAUGCCGCUGCCAUUCAUCUCCGCUGGAAAGUUUUUCUUAGAGCAGUUAUAUAACGCUGCACAGAAUGAGAAAUUGUUAUCUUUACCUUUGGAGUCAUAUAUUUAUAAUCUAUUGUACGAGGUUCCACUGCCUCCAGCUGGAAAAACAAUGAGGUUUAGUUGCAAUGAUUUGACCAUCACCUGUCAAAGACCUGGCAUGAAUGAACUUCCAUUAUUUGAUUACUCAUUCAAGGCGUUUUUCACAUUGCUUGGUACUGAGAACAUUGUUAAGUUGUUUACGUGUACUUUGUUGGAACAGCAAAUUCUAUUGCUUUCAAAUGGUAAGUACAAGUUUAUGGCCUGAUUCGAUAGAGUGAAGAGUGAAGUGAUGCCAUCACAAAAACUAAAUUUGCGAAAUUAUGGACUGGUUGGCGUGGUGUAUCCAGAAAGAACGAGAUUAAAAAUGUUCACAUAAAUUCCAAAAAAUUAAUCAUCCUGCAGUGUGCAAAAGAGUUGUGUCCAAUAGCCCGGGACUACUGGAUUUUGUUAUCGGGCUAGUGAAUUCUGUUCUUAAGUUGUGGGAUGGGCAAAUGAAUUUUUUUGGGAAAUUUUUAUUACAGAAGAACUGUAAUGAAUCCUGCUCAUUAAAAACAUUUUUCUCUUGGGCUUAUCCAUGCUAGCUGCAGCUUACCUGAAUGGCACACCGUAAAACUGACUUUCUUUGCACCUUGUAGCUGUUGGUGCAAAUUGGUGAGGAGAGAAGCAACAUUAUGCUCCGAUGACUCCAUAUAAAUCCUUCUAAAAUAGGCCUGGAUCGUUAACCUUACGAUCCAAGCCAAUUUUACAAGGAUUUGUAUGGAGUCAUCAGAGCCACUUAUAUAAAUAGAGGUGAUCACUUAACAGAGGUCAGUACUACCGUAAAUAAGGGACUGCUCACAUGAUUUUCAGGCCUAAUCCUCAAGAAAGUAUCCCCUUGAUAGAGGGUGACUGCUUAAUGCGGGUCCACUUAAUACAGGUUUGACUGGCAGUGUAGAUGAAUUAUGUUAAAAUGUCAAAUUUUCAGCCAUACAUUAAUGAGUGGAUCUUCAACCCUUCAUUUGCAGUAUCUUAAUAAUAUCUGAUGAAAUUAAUAAUCAAUAGUGAAAAAUCCAGAGUGCAUUUUUUUUAAUUUGUUUCCUUUCUUUUAAUUUACAGAUUUUCACAAGUUCAUGUUAGUGGCAGAGAGUAUAACAUCAGUUCUUUUUCCCUUUAUCUGGCAACAUGUUUAUGUUCCAAUUCUUCCUGCUGCUCUAUCGCACUUCCUUGAUGCUCCAGUUCCGUUCUUAAUAGGAAUUUAUUGUGCAUCAGAAGAGGAUAAAACAAACCUUGCUCUACCAUCAGAGGUGACUGGUUUCAUUUGUUUAAAGUUUACUCAUAAUAGUGUAUAAAGUGAAAACCCAUAAGAAAUUUCAAAUCUCUUUUUGUAAAAUUCUUAGAAAUAAGUACACUUGACUCCCGAUAACUCAAACCAAAAUCGAUUUCCCCUGGAUUUCCCUCAUGAACAUUCACUGUAAUUUCACCCUCCGUAACUCAAACCGUCGAUACCUCAAACGUACUGCUAAGUUGAAGUAGCUUUUGUUUCCCUUGAAAUCAUUUCUAGAUAAUAAUUAUUUUACCCUUGAUAGCUCGAGCUAUGUUUUAAGAGUGUGACAAGUCGGAAAAAAAAAGCAAUGUUAUGCAGUCCAAAACACUGAAUUUCUUUCAAAACAACCUGGCAUUAUUUGUCUGUACUUCUUUGUCAGUCCAGUUCAAAGACAGUGUCCAGCCCUGAAUAUUAUUCAAGCUUUGUUGCUUCAAUUCCUUUUUCAAAAAUGUAUCAAUAUAUCUAUUGUUGCCCUUGAAGUGUGCAUGAUAGUUGCAUUCCCUCCCCAGUCAUUUGUUUAUUUCCGUAUUCUUGGUUAUUUGCUUUGAACUCCCGAUAACUUGAACUUUUUUGCGAUAUCCCUUGAAGGUUCAAGUUAUCGCGAGUCCACUGUAGCAUUAUGCUGAAGUUUUACCAAAGAGCUGAUUUCUUUUGAAUUUAGACAUUAUAACAGGAUUUCAUCCACAGGUUGAUAAAAAGUUCAAAAGUACCAAAUCAACUUGCCACAACUUGGUGUAGGGGUGGAGUUCCACUAAUUAACAUCGAAGGGAAGUCACCAAAAAACAAUGACUUUUGAUUUUUGAGUUUGCUGAAAAGCCUUAUUUUAUGUUUUUUUUUUAUUUGCAGGCUUCUCUUUGCUUGGUAGACAUAGAAAAUUGCAAAGUGACUACACCUGAGGAUCUUCCAGUAUUUCCAGAUGAACAAGAGCUGAUUGAAGAACUAAAUGACGCUGUUAAAAGAUUUAAUAUUCGUCUGCCAAAUGAUGGUGACAUCAGUAUGCCUGGAAGUGGAGUUAACAGCCUGGAAAAUUCCCUAGAAAUUUCACAGAACUGCACAUUUAAUGGAAGUUCUGAUUAUGAGACUGGUAGUAAUUCGGGAUCUCCACCUGUGUCAAGGUCACCUCGUUCACAAUCACCUCAUUCUAGUUCACCCAAUUCUGGAUCACCACGCUCACAAUCACCUGCUUUAGAAGCUCGGAAAAUUAAGUAUAAAGAAUCACCUAAGAGGUCACAGAAAACAAAAGCAAGGCGGUCAGAUGGUAAAGUAACUAAGUCUAAAUCUUCUACUAGUUUGGAUGUUUCAAAAAAUCCAAGACUGCAAGCUAUUGCUGCAAUUGCAGAGAGAACAGGAAUUAUAGCUCCAAUUUCAACUGUUACUUCAAACUUGGAAAAGUCUGUCUCUGACACCCAGCUGCAACAGUUUAGUGACAAUGAGAAUGAUUUUGUUCUUGGUGAUGUUGCAAAGGAAAUUCCACGCAGACAACAACAUGAGAAUGAAUUCAAUGCUGCUAUCAGAGAGAUCUUUGCAAACCGAUUCACUCAGCUUUUGUUGGAGUAUGAAUCAUUUGUGAUUCAACCUAAGCAAGAUCUGGAGGACUGGACUUCAAACAGAGAACAAAUGCAAAACUUUGACAAAGCUUCUUUUCUUUCUGAUCAACCGACACAGUUUCUUCCUUUUCUUUCUCCAUUCACUGAAACUCAAAUGUUUGCCAGCUUUAUUGAUAUGAAAAUAAUGGGAACUUGGGAGGAUCUUGACCCCAGGCUGGCAGUGUUUGACCAGCGAGUGGAGAGUUUAAAGUCAAGGCUUGGAAUCACUAGGUCACCAUCUUAUGAGAAAUGCAUGACCUUCAAGAAUGCAGGUAAGUAGGCAGAGCUUAAAAGUUAUUCUAGCCAGUUCAAAGCAUUGGAGAGUUGUCUUUUUUUGGUGGUUUUCUGCAUUGCAUCACUGCACAUUUUGUUCGUAAGAGAAAAGAACCCCACCAACAAUAACAAAGAACUUGAUCGGUUUCUUUUGUUUCCAGUUUUGACCAAGAAAUUCAAAGCACACUGAUGGAUUUUUUGCAUACUUUAUUUCUCAAAAAUAAAGCACAAACUAGUGAAAAAAAUACAGAACAGUGUUUGUCUAAUAAAUCAAAAGUCCCAUGCAAGAGUUCAGUAAACUUUGAAGCACUCUCAAAAAUGGCCAAAAAAUCAAGGUGUCGCUCUUGCACGGAACCUCAGGCAGAAAUAGACCCAUGUCAGUUACACACAAAUCAUUACUCUCUGUAAUGCCCAAGGUACUUACAGUUAAAUCUUUUUUGUUUGCUGUCUAUUAAUUUUACUUAGUACAAGUGUUGUUGCGACGCUCAAACUCUGUGGAUCACAUGGCAACUCAGCCUCAUCAGCUAAAUCUUUCAGCCAAGAAAGGUAAAAAGGUCUCUUUCUCACUAUUUAUAUUUGUAACCUUUUGUGGUCUGCUAAAUUACUUAAGUUCUACCCAGGUUGCAGCAACAAAAAAAUUUUAAGCACACUACUUCCACAGUGUAAAAAUAUGUAUAGUGCCAGAUUUUUCUGGGAUUAUUAUUUUAAGACCAUCAACAUUAAAAAAUGUAAUGUGAAACAUCACAUUUCUCCUAAAAACCUGCAAUUCCAGGUAUGAAUCCUAUCACUAAAAGAGACCAAUGUCAAGUUCAAGUACCUACAAUAAUCACACCAUGGAAUUUUGCUCAAAAGUUAAAUAAAUAAAUUACAUGUGUGCAUAAUUGUUUCUGGGUUAUGGGAGAGCUGAAGGAUGUACGUUCCUAAAGAAAUGAAUAAAACUCAGAGCUAGGAAAGGUCUCAAAUCUCUUGUAAACUGGCUACUGUUCCUCUGCAUGACACUAAUACUGAAACUCCAAAUUGGAUUGCCUAAGAAAACAGCAGACAUUUCGCAAUGCCACUACUGGUUUCACUGCAAAAUGAAAAUUCCAUACUGGUAUCAUUUCAAUAACUUUAUCAGUAGGUUUCUUUGCACUGGUAUUUGUGAUAUUUAAAGUGUUUUGUACACCAUAAUUUAUUCUCUGCAGUGUCCAGCAGUGGAUAUUUCAUGUCCUUGGAUACCUCAGUGUUAUCUGAUGGACCCAAUUCCAAGAGGUACAUGAUGUAUACAGUCAACUUUCUCAAAGACGGACAUCUUUGGGAGUGGAACUUAGUAGGGCCAUUUAUACGAGGAAAAAACUUACAUAAGUCUUAAAUCCAUCUUUGACACAGUCUAAAAUAAUUCUUACAGAGAGUCAAAUAAAGUGUCCCUCUUUGUGAGGUCAAUUAAAGGAAUAAAUGGAGGGACCAAGUCUAGGUGUCCAUUUUACAAAGUUGUCUUAUAGAGGUGUCCAUUAAGAGAGAGUCUACUGUAUUCCAUCAAAUGAAUUCAAUACAUGCAUACUGAUUUUUUUUUUAGCUUGGUACCACUAAAAUUCCGUUUUCAAAAUGACGUAGCACAUGUUAAGUCACUACUAAGCUCUUGUUAACACUGAAUGGGCACCCCCCCUCCUCUGAAUAAGUUACCUCUCCACACUUUGUCCUCAGAAGAAAACUACCAUGUGUGCUCAAAUGGCUGUGACACUUACAUGUGUUAACAUAAUUUUUGGACUUUUCAGUGUGGCACAAUUGUCAUGAACGUAAAUGUGAUUUAUAAACCAAGGGACUAAAAAUUGUGAAUUAAGGAAAAAUGAUAUUAUUUCAUCAGGAACACCCAACAAUGAUUUCCUACAUUACAUUGAAAACACCUUUUAAACUAUCAAGAGUACUUUUAGAUCUCUAGAAAUGCAUUCUAAACAGCGCUAGAAAAUUUGUAUCUGUUCGGUCAUCCUAGGGCAACUUAAGUCUUGAUGCAAUUUAAAGUAUUACAAGAGUGAUAAUUUUCUGAUUCCUCUCUCUGUCACAUUUUUGAAUCCGAAAAUUGUAGGUUUUUUUUUUAUGAAAAAUAGUCUAACCUGGGCAUUGAAAUGUGGAAAAGUAAACUUCAGACAAUUGUAGGGAAUUUGUCAGAUAAGCUUCGAAGAUUGUACUUGAAUGUUGGGUCAUCUAGAAAUUUUUCACCCCCUUUCAAGUAAUAGAAAACAGUCGUUGGAUGCCCCUGUGACAUAGAGUGAUUUUAAAGUAAGAAGUAUUUAAUAGUACACUUUGGUAGUGGUUUUGCUGCAUUUAAGUCUUUGAGGAUAUUAAAUCAUAGAUUUUCUGAUUAAGUAUUAUGUUGUCUGCAUUAGUGGCCAUCAGUCCAAAGUAAAGUGGAGGAAAAAGAGCCGUCAGCAACAGCAGUCAGAGCACAUAUUCCUUAAUACAACUCAGGUUUGAAACAUUACUGUUUCUACAAUCUACAAAAGUAACAACGAUUCAUGCCUUUCCCAUUUCUUAGCAUGAUGAACCCUUUAAAAAUCCAAAGAAAAGAGUAAAGUGUGUUGUAUUUGUUUGAUCAUUUUUUUGUGGCAUGAAAGUUGUGUGACCAGUUGUUAUUUAGAGAAUUAGAAAUCUUUAUAGAAUUUUAAUGACACUGUCACACCUGCCAAUAUUUUUUAUGUGAAAAGAAAUAAAUUUUUGUCCAACUCAGAGAAAACAUUGGUUAAAAGAAGGCAGCUGAAUCAAACUUUUAAUCUUUCCUGCUUUAAUUAAUUUGUUGUCUGCUGAUUUUUAACGUAUAUCCCCUCUAUUGAUUGUGUGACAGGAAGUGAUAUUAGAAAGGUGUGGUGAAAGUCAAUACACUUAAUGGUCACCACUAUGUGAUAUUGUCACCAGGUCAUUUGUUAUGACCUUAUACUAUCUAUAGGUUGUGUGUGAGUGAUAAGAAUCCCAAGUUAACAACUGUGCUUUGUACUUGUUAACGACAUUUGAAAGUUAUUCAUGGACAUUCCGAGGAGAAGAAAUGUUAAAAAGUAUGAGGUUUAAUUGUCUCUUGAUUCCAAUCAUUUUAGGACGGAAAGAAGAUGAGAGAUAAACUAGCAUCAAGCAUCAAGGUAUUAUGGCGUCUUAUUUCUGUUAGUACAACAAUACAGCAAGUCUAAGCUGGUAACAUAAUCUUUCACAAGUAACAAUCAUGUUCUUAUUUGAAAGUUAUUCUUUGAACUUCUUUGAAUACAAAAUGCUGAUGACCAUGUGUCACACUUCACAUUCAUUAUUUUUUUAAAAAAAAACACUUACAAACAUAGCUUUAAUGUAAUAGAGUCCUUAGAUCAAAAUGCAUUUUCUCUGCACUGAUCUCCAUGCAGCUGUUCAAUUUUUCACGGCACUAAUGAGGGGAAUCUUAAUUAGAUACAUGUAACAGUAAAAAGAAGUGAAAAUAUGCAACAUUUUCAAGCCACCAUAACUUCAUUUUUAGCUCAUGGAUAUGACGUAGUCAUUCCAUGAGGCACUUCACUUUACUUUUGAAGGUACUGCAAUGGCACUCAAUCCCUUGCUCACUCAGUCAGUCAGUCACUCACUCGAUUCUCAUUAAUUUAUUCAUUAAACUUAGAUUAAACAUUUCACUUCUACCUCCCCUUCUAAUAUUAUUAUUGCUUUUGUUCCGAGUGCCUUAUGUACAUACAUAUACAAACCAACAUUGUUUUUGGUCCAGCUGGUAUACAGUGUAGUGUUUUUACUGUAUCUGUAUCUGUAUGAGCCUGAUGGGGAUGUCCCGCUGAAUGGGGUCGCAUUUUCAAUAGAGUUACUAGAAUGCGGUCGCACAUUUUUGGAUUUUUGGGGUAAGAAAGUUCUUCACAUUUACGGUUAGCAAACGUACCAGAAUGUUUGUGCUGUAGGUGAACAGUAAAAUGUUCUUCAUUCAAUUUAAAAAAUACGUCAAUUCAUUUUAUGAUGACCUAUUUAAAGGACUGAUAAGGUAGAUACAUAAAUAGAAAUUGACUAGGUUGGGAUUGCAAAAAUUACAUAUUUGCCCAAAAGUGAUUAAGAUGGGGUCUAUAAUUGGCUACAGAGUCGACUAUAAUCGGGUAGGGGCUCUGAGAGGCCAGUGGCACAUACCCAGCAAAAAUUAUCCCAAGGGCGGGGGGUCCUGACUGUUAUGGAAGCUUGGGCUGGUAUGUUGUGGAUCACGUGGUAAAGAGAGAAUGGAUAGAAAGCAAACUCACCCGGUUGAAAUGGACUGGUGUCUAGUGUUCAGGCCCCAGUUGUUCAAAAGCUGGAUAGCAGUAUCCACCGCAUACAUCUCUAUCCAGUAGAUAAUGCAACUUGGUUUCCAUAAUACUUAUCCACUUGAUAGUGUUUUAUCCGGUGGAUAGCGCUAAGCAACGUUUGUUCCACUGGGGCCUGUUUGUUUGCUUCAACUUUAGAAAUACAUGCAAGAGUCAAAAGCAAAGAGUUCCCAGCUUGGAGACAUGGCACUAGAGUCCACACAAAGUGGAUUCAUUCAAAAACUCCUCAAGGAAUGCAAAACAAAGGUAGAUUUUAUUAUUUGACUAUUUGAUCUUUCUUUUAAUGGGGUGGUAUCACGAAACUUAUCAAAAUGUUAUAUCUGCCAGAGAAUGGAAGAAAGGUCAAGAUCACACAACUGUUAAAGUUAAGACUAACUGAUUAACUAACUAACUGAUUUGGCAUAAACCAUCUAGAGGUAAUGGUCCUCACCAUGAGAUGAGGUGCUUGUCCUUCACAGAGGUAUCCAUGCAAUGUUUUGUUUUCUAGAAGCAAGUACUUUCAUUAAAGAAUGGUGUGUGGGUUGGAAAGAAAAAACACCAUGUUAUUGUUCCCUUUCCGUUCUACGUUAGGAAAACGCAAUUCAUAAUCUUGGGAUUCCUGUGUUACUUGGUUAUCCUGUGGUACUCAGGGUCCGCGUUUUCUGCGCCAUUUUGAAUUGCGUCAUAUGUGUACGUGCAUCACCCUGGUUCCAUCCAGGUCAACAAGAUGAUUCAACUAUGCCAAAAGUACGGAGUUAUUUGAAUUUCGGCAAAUGAAUGAAAUUUGGAGUUGUUUCCGGAGCGGGUUUUAUUGCUGAGCUGGCCAUUCUGCCUCACCUGAAACCGUCUACGCGGAGAGCAUAGAAAGAAGUUUUUAUUUUUUUAUUUUUUUUUUCUCAUGAUCUUAACCCUAUUUUGAAAUAAUGCUUGAUGGUAAAGCUGACCUGGAGCUAAGAAAACUUAAGGCCUAACUUCAUUCGUUUCUUCUACCAGGUGAAGAAGAUUCUUGUGCAAAAGAUGGGACAAGAAGCGGUGGAUCUUGGACAUGCUGAUGCUAAUGUUUCAGGAGUAGAGGAAAAUACACUGAUUGCCAGUUUAUGUGAUCUGCUAGAAAGAGUGUGGAGUCAUGGAUUAACUACAAGAGAGGUAAUGUGUAGACAUCUUAUUACUGAAUACCCCUUCAUUACCAGAAUAAUAGUACCACUGUAGUGUAAUGUAAUGUAAUGUCGUGGAUUAGAGGCCAACAUUAAAGCUCGGACUUCAGCAUACAAGGGCGCCAGUGGCAGCCGCUAUCAAUCCGUCUAUGAGCUUACUGUAACCCACCCAUAGCCCUUGAUAUGAAUGAUGUGUGAUGCGUGAAAGGCAAACCACACCACUGGGAAGCUUCCCCGACUUUUUUCGAACAGUAGUGUGGGUUCUUUUACGCCCCCUUCGCUUUGACCAAUGACAGAAGGAUGAAGGAGACAAGGCCAACGGCUUAUCGUCACCGCACAGUGACGCGAUCGUCUGAACUGAGACAAGGUCUCAAAUCACAGCCAACAAAUUAACAUGAUCUCACCAGUUUUUUGAAGACCCUGGUUGUUGGUCCGGCCGUUGUUUGAACCCAUGACCUCCCACUUGGCAGACUGGUGCUGUCCCAACUGAGCUAAUCCGGGUGGCGGUAAAGCUCUAUUAAACUUCUGACUGCGUGAACAAAAAGAAUCAUCGGGUCUGACCAUUCAAAUGAUACCUUUUCAGAAGGAUUUUGACAUGACAUUGUUCCUUUUGUUGUCACAAUUAAUUUUUGUGAGAUGAAGUUUUAGCAAAUAUGCCGUAAUGGCGGAAACAAGUUGUCAAGUGUUUGAAGUUUUAACAUUUUGUGUUCGGGAAUGGGCUUACCCUCCUUCAUUAAAAUAACUGUGUUAACUUUUCCUGGAGAAAAAAGUAAAACGAAGCUUUCCUUAGCGUUAUUUGACAAUACUAAGCAAGUCAUCCUCGUUUUUAACCCUUAAGAUGUUUCAUUUAGCCUUGUAAAACAUUUUUAUGUGUUCGCGAAUAUUACUAACAAGCUUUUAUGGUUCUUCAUUUUCAUGUAAAGGGUAAAUCUGCGUUGUGGUCGCACUUGUUAGCAUUUCAGCGAGAAUGUGAAGAGGUUGAAGAAGUUGCUCCAACAUACAGCCAGGACACAAACAGUCUAUCACCUCUUGCAGGUAAUGACGGGGAAGGCCCCUUCAAGUAUAUGGCGUGAGACUGGGUCAGUGCUGUCGUAAGGUUUAUGGUCAUCUCGCCACCAAACCAUCUUGCCACCAAACCAUCUCGCCACCAGACCAUCUUCAGUUGCCACCAAACCAUCUUGCCACCAAACCAUCUCGCCACCAACGAAAUCCCCACGAAGAAGUCUACUAGCACCACAUAAUAACUCUGCAAUGAUUCACACAGUGUACUAACCUAGGAUUACUUAUCUAGGAUUUUUACUUCUUUAUCAAGCCCAAAUACAAAUCUGUUGAUCUUUUAAAGACUUGUCCUUUCGAAAAGUAUCAAGUAUUAUUGUUGACGAUUUCGUCCGUGACGAGAUGGUUUGGUGAACACCUUGUUUGGCGAUGUUUACUAAUAUAGGAAUGAUGGGAACAGCUUGUCAGGCAAUGUUGACUAAUGUUGGAAUGGUGUGAACACCUUGUCAGGCGAUGUUUACUAGCAUUCAAAUGGUGUGAACUCCUUGUCAGACGAUAUUGAGUUACGUUGGAAUGGUGUGAACACAUUGUCAGGCGAUGUUGACUAAUGUGGGAAUGUUUUGAACAUCUUGUUUGGCGAUGUUUACUAAUGUUGGAAUGGUGUGAACCCCUUGUUUCGCGAUGUUGACUAAUGUUGGAAUGGUGUGAGCACAUUGUCAGGCGAUAUUGACUAAUGUUGGAAUGUUGUGAACACCUUGUUUGGCGAUGUUUACUAAUAUAGGAAUGGUGUGAACAACUUGUCUGGGGAUAUUGACUAAAGUUGGAAUGGUGUGAACACUUUGUUUGGCGAUGUUUACUAACAUUGGACUGGUGUGAUUUCCUUGUCAGAAGAUAUUGAUAUUGUUGGAAUGGUGUGAAUACCUUGUUUGGCAAUGUUGACUAUUGACUAAAGUUGGAUUUGUGUGAACACUUUGUUUGGCGAUGUUUACUAACAUGGGACUGGUGUGAACUCCUUGCCAGGCGAUAUUGAUAUUGUUGGAAUGGUGUGAAUACCUUGUUUGGCAAUGCUGACGAUGAUGUUGGAAUGGUGUGAACACGUCGCCAGGCGAUGUUGACUAAUGUUGGAAUGUUGUGAACACCUUGUUUGGCGAUGUUUACUAAUGUUGGAUUGGCUUGACUGAUGUUGAAUCCCUUUCAACACCUUGUUUUGGCCAUCAUGUUGCUUGCUGUGGGAUCCGUUUGAACAACUUGUUGUGCAAUAUUGGAAAAUGUCAUACUUUCUCCAUUUACACAACCAAGGACAAUUUGACUAAUAUGACUGAAGUAUUAAAACUGAGAAUCACAGUGUCUUAAGUAUUCCGUAUUUUACCAACCUUUCUUGUGCUUUCCCCUCAGAUUUAUUUUUAUUUGAUUUGUAGCGGCCAAAGAGACAGACAAACAAAGCCAACUGAGAAGACGAUGCACAUCACCUGAUAUAUCAAACAUGCUGCAGUCAAUUCAGCUUUCCCAACAGCAACCAACCGUUAGCUCUGUGUUAGCCGAUAUGAGGUAUGCCCUAUUAAGCGAAUUCUUGUGCAGAAAUGUAAAAAAUAGACCUUAUUCACCAUACCCGCCAUCUUUGCUCGCGCGCAAGGACUGAUGGGAUAAAAGGGAUGUCACGUGGUUUCUCAUGGGAUAGACAAGUAAUAAAGUUUGCUAAUAGAAGAAUUCGCGGUCGAGUUUGUUCAAUCUAGACAACAAAAAAUCGUAAAGACCAUAAUGGCAAAUUAUGAGUGGAAGUGAUCAUUGUUAGUUUUUUUUGAAGCGGUAGCGACCGUAAAUGUCUUGACAGCAAGCAAUAAUGACGUAAAACUUGCGGAAACUCGAACUACACAUUUUGAAAGACUAAUAUAGUGUUCUUGUUUUGAAAGAAUGAACAAAAAUCGACUGUGAUUACUCGUAUAGGCGAAUUUUUUUCCGAGUCCUCUCUUCGGUCUAAUUUCCCGUUCCUCCCUGGCUUUGUGUGAUCGUGAGAAUGACUUUGCAUUCUGAUACUUAAACAAGAAGGUUUGCUUAUUCCACCUUAAAUGAAUUUCCUGGUUUCUUACUUGAAUGACAAUGUUGACUGUUUGCUUUCAUCAUCUCGAAAAUAUAUCGGUAAUGUGCUAAAAUUUCUAGUGAGCUCAGCCAUGAAAUUCCUUGUAAUCAACAGACUUUUUUAAUACCACAGUACUCUCUUUUAUUGCUUCUGUCAGUUACAGAAAAAGGUCGAUUUAACCUUGACGCAAAGGGUUUGCCAAAGGGUUUGCCAAAUAGGUUUCAUUUGAAUGUUAACAACAUUGCUCAGUUUCAAACCAAGAGGGGCUGGCUACUAGUCCGUUUAUUAUAGGAUAAACAACACCAGACCUACGUAGUCAGAAAUAGUACGUUGAGGUCAGGCAAAAUGCCAAGUUUGGUGUCAAUCAGACCAAUAAUGAACAAGAUACAGCUAUUUAAAAACGUUACUCGUAAUAACCAAAGGUUACGGAGUGCGGGCGACAACGAUCGAAGGUCCAAACGCCAUUGCUCCAACGCUGUGCUUUACGUAAGUUUUACUAAGAGACGGUCAAAACACGCGUGAUCAGAUUACGAGCGAUAGAGGGUCCAAACGCCCGUGAUCAAAUUGCGUUCUGUGUAUUCCAUUCACUCUUUGUGGAAGUCCAAACGAAUUCUAGCCACAUUCGACGCUUGCGUAAUGACAACCCGGAGAUUAGGUUUUGCGGGCGACAAAAGGAGCCCGCAAAAAUUUAUAAGAUAAGAGAUGUAUGGAUUGCUGGACGUAAUGUCCGGUUGUCCAUAUUUCUUAGUAAAUUUUGGAGUUUUUGACUGGCUAUAUCUCGUUCAAUAUAGGCCAGAUAAACACUAAACUUGAGAAUGUUGCUUCAGUGUGCUAUUUCUGACUAUGUGGGUCUUGUGUUGUUUAUCCCAUAAUAAACAGACUCGUACCCAGCCCCUCUCGGUUUGAAACUAGGCAAUAGGAUUUUGUGCGCUGAUAAUAACUUAGUCUAGUACUUAGCUCGUCCCCAGUUUGUGUGUGAUGGGAAGGUGGAAAGCGAGGGUGCUGGAGAGACCUCUCUCCUCCCUUCCCAUCACCCCUGCUCCCGCCGUGCGCGUUACGCGAAGACGACUGGGGACGAGUCGGGUCUGGCAGUAAAAGGGUGGAGAAAUCAACCAAAUUCAGCUUCAUGUUGAUGGUAUCUUAAUUUCUCAUCUCCGCUCUGAUUGAUGAGCCUUACAGGGGAAAUUUAACGUCAAUCAUUAACCCAGUGUGAUAAACUUACUUUGUUGAUUUCAUUCUCUUAGUCAUGUGCAGGGAAUGCAUGAAAUCAAGACAGAUAUCGGACAUGCGCGGGCCUGGAUCAGGUAGGCGACACAGAGAGACGUUGAUUUCCGUUUCCUUGCGUCUUGAAAGUGCAAUGUUUGAUUGUAUUGACUGUAAUUUUCAGACUUGCUUUAGAGAAGAAAGUGCUCUCCAAACACCUCAAGCAAGUGCUUCUAAACUCAGAACUUCUCAGGUGAGGCAUCAAACCUUUGCAAGAAAAAAAAGCAACGAACAAAUAUUGUUUCCUCGAUUCCCCCAGUGCAUGCGAUAUGUUUUACGAAACUAGUUUGAAGACUUCUCGGCGGUUUGACGGUGAAAUAUGUGGAUUGACUCAAGAGGAUGCUAAAAGCGAACAAUGUCAAGAAAUGAGCAGCCAAGUAGCCAGUUUUUAGCACCCAGACGUUCUCUUAGUUUCGGCUGUUCUCUAAGCCAUUCAAACGCCGCAACUGUUUUAAUCUGAUCUGCACUAAAUUCAAUCAAAUUGUAUGCGCGAGCUUAGAAUUGGUUGUCUUGGUUGAAUUCGCGUGUGAUAAGUUAUAAGCUGAACGUUAGUUGUUUUCUAGAGCAGGUAAAAUUCUCUGGUCGCGUAACAAAGUUGCUAAUUAUUAUUUUUAUACAUUGUACUCACUCAUUGUCUUCUGACUUGCUAAGAGCCUACAGUGAAUUUUGGAAAUCAGCGCAACCAAUAGAUUAGUUAGUUAUCUGCUAGUACAUUCGUGACCAACCUGUAGGUUGCAAGCGCAAUGCAUGAUUUACAAGAACAAUGUCAAAUUCGGUUCCUUACGACAGUGUUUGUCGUUAUUUUCUUUAAAACAAUGUAUAAUAACACAAUUAUUAGAUUCGGUUUUUGUGAUAUCCUAAAUAAUCAAGAUCUCGGUAAAUGUUAUCAGCCUCGGCCUUUGGUUCGGUUGGCUGAUGAUACUUACCUCCACCUCCAUUAUUUCGGAUAUCAGAAAAACUUCACCAAUAAUUGCUUAUUAUUUUCGUUUUCCCAGGGACCGAUAUAAAGUUUAUGCCUUCCUAGGGACAGAGGAAGAAAAAGAGCAGUUCCUCUAUCAUCUCUUGUCACUCACCGCUGUAGAUUUCUUCUGUUUUACAAAUGGCUUCCAAAACACAGGUUUGUCUUCUAGUAGCAAUGUAUUUUGGGGAGUCUGUUUCGUGUCCUGGGGUCCGUUUCUCAAAAGUAUUGGUAACUUUUCGGGCCCGGAAAGCUGUUUUUGUUUGCCUGGUUUGUAUUCAAGAUCAAGGCAUUGAUGAUUUCAAAAAUGAUCACAUGAAACUAUCCAUUGACGAAGCAAAGUUGACUGGUUUGUGAGUUAGGACGUCUAAUUCCAGAGACGUCCGCAAAUUUUAAUCGAUUGUUUGAAAGGUUAUUAAGUGCACGCGCGACUGUCUCAAAACAAAAAGUGCGGAAUACCGGUAUUUUAAUGACGACUGUUGAAUUCUCUCUCGAAAACACUGAAUAAAGGUUUGCGGACCUCUCCGAAAAAAAAAAACUUGCGAUUAAUUCAAGGGUUGAAUUGGUCUAAAAAUAACUUUGAUGAAAUUCACAUAUCCCAAGGGCUAGACUGAGCGUUUCCCCGCUCUGUUCCUGCGUUUUUCCGUGGGAAAGUAGGGCACGAGAAAAAUACGCGAGCGCGCGUGAAAAUCGCUUCACGCGAGGAGAGGCGGGACGCGGCGAUUUUCUCACGCUCGCGAAUUUUGUGUGCCUAACUUUCCCUUAGAAAAUUAAGGACUGCUUAGUGCUACUAGUCCAGGUUCAUUUACAAUUUAUCAAGCCGGAGACAUUGUGAAGGCCAGACUUGUCCAUUGGUGCGAGCGCUCGCCUCCCACCAGUUUGGCCAUGAGGCGAAUUCUCAUGUCGGUUUAGUUUAGUUUGUUGUUGGUUCUCGCUUUUGUUCCAGGAGGGUUUUACUGCAGGUAAACUGGUUUUUUUUUCUCCUCAAAAACCAACACUUCCAAAUUUCCAUUUGAUCUGGGACUCAGGAACACAUGAACACCUUCGAACGAGUGGUUCAGUAACCCUUAUAGUUCCAAUUUUUUUUCCCUAACUAACAAUGUCUGUACCUCAUCAAGAAAAAAAGUUACGAGAAUUAAUAAAAUGAUCAGCAAAAGGAAAAUGCUUUGAUCUUUUAUCUAAUUCUCUCAUUUAACUUCCAAAAUGGACCAAAUUGCUCUUCAAUACUCUCAGGCCUCUCAGAGUAGAUGUAAGGGAUUUCUUCACCGAAAGCCAAAAUGGUGCGCCAGACCAGAAAUCAAAACGCCGCACAUGCGCAGAAGUGUGUCACAGUCCCUUUAAAGGAAUCGUACUUGAGAUCAAUCUGGAUCAGUUUGGACAAUUUGUUUGUGGAUAAGAGCUCUUAGAAGUUUCGUGGGUAAACAAAUUACAUGAUUAUUUAAACGCUUGUGGAUGGUGAACUUAUUUGUUGCAACAAGCAGACUAACAAUCAUCGCCAUUGCAUCACUUUUUGUUUUCAGCCAUCACAUAUAAGGUUGUUAUCAAGACAGGGAAGCAGCUAGGUGGGAGUACCACUACUGCGCAGGUGUGGAUGACAUUGGCAGGAAGUAUUACUGACACUGGUGUCAUGAACAUCCCUAAGAAUGAAAACGAGUUUAGAUUUCAGGUAAAUAAUGCACUUUGUUUGAGUGUUAAUGUAUUUAGCACGAAAGUACCAAUUGAGGACACUAUUUUUACGUCUCCUACUGGAGAUAGGGACCGCCAUUUUACGUGGUCAUCCGAGCCGGGCGAUUUUAACUGAGCUGUAAUGUGGUGGAAGUAGAAGCUAUAUUUCCAGACAAUAAGGAGAACAGAAAUAUUGGCAAAAUGAAAUAAGUGUUUCUAAUUUGUAAACAGGACUCGUCGAUGAAUCAGGUACCACAGCCUGCGAUUUAGAUAGUGACGGCCUUACUGGAAAGAGAUUUCCUUAUCUUGAAGGUGGAAAACUACCGGUAGUUUUAUUUGACCUAGCAAGAAUGAUUUUUUUUGGUGAUUUAUUGUCCUUUUUAUCUUCGGCAGCAUGCAAACCUGGGUGUGUUGACGACACUUAGAAUAGGACACGAUAAUACAGGUAAACUAAGCCUAAGUUGGGGCUUCUCUUCCUUGCUUUCAGCGUAUUUCGUUCUCUUGUUCUUCCCCCAUUCAUCAGUGUUCUCGUACCCAAGCAAAGAGGUGUGGUUCUCUGUUCUGCUUGGAAAUAGGAGAUGAAAUAUAAGGAGUUUACAGAUCAACGACAAAUUGGAGCAUCGCUGGAGACAGUAAUGAGCAUAAAGUUAAUAGAAACCCGUUCUUAAUUUGUUUAAAUAUAAGGACGCCACUAGUUUAGCCCGUUCCAGGCUUCCAGCUCCAAGAUAGUAGUGCAAUCGUGCAGUAAAAAAGUGAUGCGAAAAACAAGGGUGGAGAGGAGAGGGGGUAGGGAGAGAGAGUGCGGCUACUUUUUUCCCGCCACCUUUCCUUUCCCCAGAUCGCGCACGUCUUAUUUUCGCAUUUUCACAACGUCCCUACCAUCUAGGAGCCUGUCACAGGCUACCACUAGUUAAGCCUGCGAAUUCGCCUCCUCUUAUCAAGCCCCGCCAUGGACUAGGGAUGUUUUGGCUCUCGAGAGAAACGUUCGUAACGGCGGGGAGCGGUGAGAGGCCGAUUUAUUCACAGGCUAUCAAUAGUUAGCUCUCGGUCGUAUUCAGCAGCAACGUGGCUCGUGGGAUGCUAAUCGUGAUAAAAAAGGAACGAUUCCGAAUUUCGCCUAAAAUUCCUUCAAACCUUACUUAAUCUUCUUUACAACACAACUUGUUCUUUCAAUAAUUAUACCUUUUGAGUCACUGGAGCGGCAGUCAUACAAAAAUUAUUAAGUUCUUCGGUUAAUUAUCUGUCGUGAUCUUAUGAAAAGUUGUUGUCUUCUCUUUUUAAAAGGUUACAGCGCUGGUUUGUUCAUCGAGCAAAUCAUUGUCAAGAAUGAAGUGACAUCACAUAUUUACAGGUAGAAAGGACGUUCAUAUUUACUGACUUUCCCCUUUAUAUAAUUCCAUUUUUUUCCUUAUUGGGGGGUACAGUCAGCUUUCGCCUUGCGCAGAGGACAGCAGAUGAAUCCCCUUGCAAAUGUUAGACAUAUGACUGAAACAAAAUUCCUCCGGGUUCAUUACAGACUCUCGCUAAUAUUGCCUUAACCUAAGUGCAAAUGGACGCAACAACUCCCAAAAUUGUUGGGUCAACAAUGAUAAGAGUUGUUGUGCCCGUGUUGGCAGUGGUGUGACAACGGAUGCAAUAUUUCCCAACAAUGUUGGGACCUACAGUGCAACGUGAGAAGGAUACAACCCAUAAGACUUUCGAGACCAUGUUUAUUGCGCGUGCGUGGCCCCAACAAUGUAGGAAGAGCUGUGCAAACGGAUCCAACCGUGACAUUGUUGCGCUACGCUUCGGCGAUCACGGAAUAAAAGAAAUGUUGGGAGUUGUUGGCUUAAAAGUUUGACCGGUUUCAAAACUUUGCGCAACAACACGCCGGGAACAACAUGCAACAGGGUGUUCAAACGGACGCGACAAUGUUGGGAGUUGUUGGCCAACAAUGUUGCGUGCGUUUGCACGCAGCCUUACAGACCAAUUUUGCGGUCCGGACAACUAAAGUGCAUUGUAUUAAAUCUCGUCAAAAAGGACAUCAAGCCCAAAAAGCAUCUUGCUUCUCCAACGUAGAUGUCUUCUUUUUGUGUAAUGUUUUUUUUCUUAAUUGUUGAGCCUCUCUGAACAGACAGUAAAUCCCCGCGUAAACGGACGCCUCUUUGUUAGCCAACAAUUCCCAACAUUGUUAGAUGUUAAAUGUUGCGUCCGUUUGCACAUCUUGUUGCAUGUUGUUGGGAGUUGUUGCGCAAAGUUUGAAACCGUUCAAACGUUUAGGCCCGUGCAAAUGGACGUAUCAACUCCCAACACUGUUGGGCCAACAAUGUUGGGAGUUGUUGCGUUCUUUUGGACGUAGCUUAACUCGCAGUCCUGAGGGUGUUCACACUAACGAGACAGACAACCAAAUAGUUUUUCUUUUUAGAAAGGAUAUACGUGGUCGGGCAUGAACAAAUUGUAGUUGCACAUUUCCCGAUAACCGAUUGUUAUCUGCAGCUCUGUAAGAGGUGACCGUAUGCAUUGUAUUUCUUGGAAGGUUUUCGUGUGGUCGUUGGUUAGCGAAGAACAUGGACGACGGGAGCACUGAGAGGCUACUUGUAGCAGAGCUAAUGAAGACCAAGGGGACCGUUGAAGGUAGCGUUUUUAAUGAAGUUAAAAAUUUUUUUAACACUGUUAAUAACAAGGAGCGCGGGCGUGGUCAGCGGUCCGUCAUUUGGCUCAAGCGCGGUCAGCCUUGCUUGAAUCACCUCCACGUGCUUAGUACAACGCUUUCUUGGCGGCCAUUCUCUUCGUUUGGCCUUUGGAUCAUUCUUUUACCCCCAUUCCUGCUCCCCCCCCCACCCUUUAUUCUUCCACUGACAAAUCAGUGUGACAGGUACCUGGUUCCAUUGGCGUGGGGGCUCAUGGCUGGAGGGCGCGGGUUUGCCAGCCAUGGGGGCGUAACUCUGUCUAGGGGCUGGCUGUCCCAAAAGUGGAAGCCCCUGGACAUCCCGGGCACCCACCUCCACUAAGCGACGCAGGUGUUAAUUACUAUCAUCAGUUAUUGCUUACAAAUAAGGCUGCUUUGUAAUAUGAAAACUGCUACUACCUUAAACACCCCGAAGACUCGUAAUGGUGAGUUAUAAUACAUUUACUGUACAAACUAUACGUACGAUUGACUUGCUGGUAAAAGUGGAAAAACUUGACAGUUUUUUCCUUAUUCUAUUACUAGAGGCAAUUGUCUAAAAAGUUGCUCUCUAAGAAUCGUCCAUUGUUAUGUUCGAUAGAGGAUUUGUAAUCUAGGCAAUUGGACAAUCUGGAAAUUAAUCAAUGUCUCGGCGUCAAGUUUCCAAUCAAACUGGACUUGCUAAUAGACAGGUCAUAAAAUCCGACCGAGUAGUAACCUGGUAUAGGUGGUGCUGUAUAGCAGGUCCCGUGCAAACAGGCAGCCUAUCCUGCCCAACUUGUGAACCAUGUGGAUUACGUACGGAUCUAUUGUACAUUUAACAAUUAUUCUUUGAAAUCGAGGUGAAUAGUGGCAAAAUAUUUACCGAGCCGCGAAAGCGGCGAGGUAAAUAUUCCCAAAGCCACUAUUCACCGAGAUUGAAAAGAAUAAUUGUUUUGGUAUAUACACACGAAGUGAUCUCAACAAAAUCAGAAAGGAAACCAUUCAAAAGUACGAUUUGAUUGACAGAUCAAAUCACGCGUAAGUUUAAUAGAUCUUUGCAGAAUUUUCAAACAUAGCAAUUCACAAGUUUACUCAUUUCGCAAACAACAGCGUAAUGGCCUCAAUGGAAGCGCUAAAAGUUUGAACUGUUUCCUUACCUGAGAAAAAAAGUAGACCUGUGUUGUUUUCUGUUGACUCGCCAAGUUUAUAGCCAAAAGGGUUUGUUGUGUUGUUCUUCGCAUGAGGUGCCGACAAAAAUGGCGGCUCGGUUGCUCGAGGUAAGAGGUCGUCUUCCUGUAUCAUUCUUUUUCCUGUUUACUUGAAAUGUAGAAUUUCUGCAAACAUUUCCUUUUAAAUUUGUUUGUCAUAAAUAAACUUCGAUUUUUGAGCCAAAAUUUUCUUCUUAGAAAACGCUGAGUUCACGAAACGGCUUCUUCUACGCGAAUACACGGGAGUUGUAAACAAUCCAUCGAGCGCAAAACUCCUGCUACAGUAAAUUGAAAAACGCCGUAUUGAAUCCUUCCAAGUCUUUUCUUGCCUUAAAAAAAGUCAGCCCUAGGAUUUUGUCGACUUUUAAAAGAUCGUUCUCUAAAAAAACGGGAAAAACACCGAGCUCACACAUUAUCCACUCGCUAGGAGGUGAAUAUUGUUGAAUAGUCCGAGAUAGCGAACCAAUCAGAUUGCUUAAAUCACCAAGAUCACUGAGUGUGUAUAUACUAAAAUUUAGUGUUCGUUUCAGUUAUAGUUUAUUUGUUAGUUAUUGUUUUUUAGUGCUUAAGGUUUUGGCAAGAGCCAUAAUAGGACUGUCCUAUUACGGCUCUUGGUUUUGGAUAUUAAACUGCUGUUGUUCGGUCCCACACGUUCCAGUAAUUUCAUGGAUGGUCUAUUCAUUGAUCGAAAAGGAUAACAUUAUAUUGACCAGGUGUAUAGAAAAAAUAGAAAGGUACUUGCUAAAGAUAAGGUUGAAUGUAUACUGAGACGCAAACUUUUGAUAACCAUAGUAUAGAAUUGUACACAAUUUCGCUUAAAAUAAAUUCCAUAUAUUGUUUAAUCUCAAGGUUUCUACUUAAUAUCACAGUUUUAACUUCUGUAGUUAUAUAAUUCUCAGAAAGGGAAUUUGAAAAGGAAAACCGAUAUAAAAACUAAAAAAUGAAUCGUGAAAAACAUGGAAAAUUUUUAAAUGAAUAAUGAAGACUUGUUGAAAAAAGCAAAGAAUAAUGAAUAAUCGUGAUCCAAUUAUUCAGCUUCCAACCCCGAUUACUUGAAAACGUAAGGUUUGGUUCUGCGGUUAAUGUUUCAGUCGUUGAAGCGACGACUGAAACCGCAAAAGUUGUUACUUCAAAGAGUAUGCCAGUAUAAUCUGAUAAACCGUGCCAACUUAUCAAGUAUUGAAGAGGCAAGAGAGCUUAGCAGUACAAUACCUAAAUUUCCAAAAGUUGUUAGGAUAUUGUAUGUAGUGAUGCAACUUCUAAAAUCCAGCUGAAACGUCGUACAAUAUUCGCCACCAACAAUUCUCUGUUGCUGAAAAAGCACGAUAAUUCUAAACGAAAAAUCAAGUUGACAACUAUGUCCUAAAUACCGAAUUUAGGCAGAAAUGUUGACUUUUUUGGUCAGUGUAAUAAAGAGAGCCGGAGGGUAGAAACAAAUACGACGUCUAAAAGAAGACAAAUAUCUCUUCGGUUUGAGGAAUUGUUCUUUCAUCUCCUGUACAGAAACCGUGAGGGUAGUUUAUCGUCGAGAAUCGAGGGAGAUUCAAAAGUCUUGACCGCCUGCUAUUAGUAUUUUGCAACGUAUGCUAAUCAUUAAAUGAAACUUCAGAAGUGCCUUGUUCCCCCGUACAUCCCUCCAAAUAUCUUACCGUCAGUUCCCUUUACGAAAAAUUACAGUAGAUUCAAAAUAUGAUGUGGUAAGUUUUUUAACUACUGCAAUUUGUACUGAAGAGUCGCAAACCGGCAAAAAUGUGUGCCUUUUAAUGUAAACAACCUUCGAACAAGUUGUAGAAGUCCCCUGUUCGAUGCUAUCAUUAUAUAACUAAUUCUGUUUAUAACCGUGCAAUAUCCUGUUAACCUGUCGUGUAUGACGUCAAUGUGAAUCCAAAAACUGAGAAUUUGCUGACCUGAUAAUUCACACCUGUUGAGUAAACUACUCUUCUCUUGCCAAAAAUAACUUGGCUCGUGUAAGUUUUCACGAUUAGUUACGGAUUCUUCAGUCGUCUAAAAUAAGUGAGAAGAUAAUAACAAGAUGUGCAAUUAAAAAGGAAUAUAAAAUAUGUAGUAUGAAGAAAAUUAGAAACGUGUUUUGCAGAGGAAGGCCUGCUGUGGAAUCGAGUUACCGCAUUUUUGGCCAUGAAUCUGUAAAUGCAAGAUGUGCAAGGUCACACUUUAUCCCUCGAACAAAAUAGAUUUUGGACGUGCAGAUAGUUUACAUUGACACUUAAAAGCGCUGAUAAUAUUAGAAGCUAAACUCCGCACGUUUGUCACAAAUAUACGGAAGAAGAGAAAGCUACUCUCGCCUUGUGCGUGCAUUUGUUGAUAGCGUUCUCCUUUUUUGAGUUUUCACCAGUAGGCUAAAAAUAGUCAAAUUAAUUCACCCAUAUGGCCGUUGAGAAAACAUGGAGUAAUUUAUUUAUUUUUUUUGAGUAUGGACCACAACUUAAGUUUGUUUUUCAUCCAUAGUGAUCGUUGCCAUUUGCAAGUUUUGGUCUCAUAAUGGAAUUUUAGCCCAUAAAUAUAACUGAAAUACAAUCUAACCCCGCUUUAAGGUGAUGUUAUACACGAGACGAUUCGGAACGAUUUUUAGCGCAACACAGCGUUGCAAUGCUGGCACAAUGUUGUAACCAUUCGAAGCAAUGUCGGAACAAUGUUGCAAUGCUGUGUUGCGCUAAAAAUCGUCGUUGCGAAUCACGGCGUCCCUUGUAACAUCACCUUUACGGACUCCCGCUUAAUACGAACACCUCGUUAUGACGGACAGUUUGCUUUCAAUGUCCCUGAGUAAGGCUUUACAUUUUCUCUAAAUUCAACCCGCUUAAUACGGACACCUGUUAAUGUGGACAACGGACAAUUGUUUCUUGCCCAAUCAGCAGAUUCUCUCAGAAAGCCAACCUCGCUAAUGCGGACACUUCAUUUGUAGUAGACUUUCUCCUUUUUGAAGGAAGAAAAAACCCUCGGUUGGCAGUUUGUCGAUGUUCCCAACGCUGCACGGCAGGACCUACAGUGCACCGGAUAAAAUGAAUUCAGACUAUUUUGGCAUCAAACGAGUUUUGAUCGAGAACGGCUUGAUUAAAUAAUAUAUAGAUGAGCGAUUUUCGAGUGUCUGCUUGGAUUUAUUCCGCGGAAGGACGGCUUUGUAAUAGUUAGAGAUGUUUAAAUUGACGAUGCUUACAUCCUCUUUUAUUUCUGUGGUAUUUUGCUCUAAUCAGAGGUGUCUUUUCGACUAAAAUAGAACGACCCGCUUAAUACGGACACUUUCUGUGGCUCCUUCGGGGUCAGUAUCAACGGUCACCUCAUAUAAGGAAAUCCGGGUCCCGGAAUUCGGAAAAUUUUUGAUUGUGGAAUCCGGAAUUCUGGGUUUUCGAAUCCAGAAUACAGCUCAAGGGAUCCAGAAUCCCAUUAACGAUUGGAAUCCAGAAUCCACGUUCUAUUGACAAAUACUGGAAUCCAGUACCUAGAAUCGGGAAUCCACGGCCUGGGAUGCAGAAUCCAAGACUGUCUUGGCCUCCAUUACACGGGGCGACAACGGGUUUUGACUGUAACUACAACUGAUAAAAACACACUGCAGCUAACAUAUGUUGCUGUUACGUAAGUUACAGAAUAAACACCAAAAGUAAAGGAAACUUGAGGUGACUGUCUUAUUUAUUCAGUGACCUUUUCCCCCCCAAGCAGUGAAUUAAGCUAUGAUUAGCGGCUCUUUUAUCUGCAACAAAUAUUUGUCCAUAAAUUCCACUGUUAAUUUUGUAAUCCCCAAAAUAUCAGUUGUUAACAAGGAAAAGCUGUCAUGGAUUAUAAUUGAAGCAAGUCAGCCAGGUUAAUCUUUGCGUUUCUAUGCUUUUUUUUUCAAAUAUUGCAUAUGCCUUUGAUGUACAGCUCUGUAUGUCCUAAGAAGGUGGAAUAAGUUUAUCCUUUGUUGGUGUGUCCUGAAUACGAUUGUUGGCAACAAUUUCUGUAGAGAAAGUUGUAGUUAAAGCCAAAGUAUAGAAUAGAAAUAGAACAGAACAGAUGCUUAUACGUAUAUUAUUAAUAGACAUCGCAUUAAGGGACUGAAUUCCGUCUAUACAUAUAUGGACAUACGAACUAAACAUAAGGUGUAAAAUGAAAUGCGCCUGUGAACGUUAUGCAAUUAUAUUAUUCAAAGUGUGUGAGUGAACGUUGUGCAGUUGCGUUAUGUAAUUAUAUUAUAAGAAAUGUGUGAGUGAGCGUUAUGCAGUUGACUUAUGCAAUUAUUGUUUUAUAAUUCGGCGCUUUUUGUUUGACGAGUAAUCUCAUGACGCCUGAACUAUAUUUUGAAAUCCUCUAAGUAACCAAACUAAGAGUAUCCUUGUUCGAUGAUAAGAUGUUUUGCGAAGUUGUGGUUCCCAGCACCCUCCGCCUUCCCCCAGCGUGUCCUUAAUUUCUUCACCAUGUGAUUAAAUUCAAGGUUGCUUCCGCCUGCAAACAGCUGCAGAACAAAGACAAAACGCAAAAAAACAUCCCUUUUUUUAAGAGGUCUAUCUAGGAGUCGUUGUCAGACGUUAUUUGGACUUGCUAGCAGGAAACUGGGUAAUUUGUUUACGGUUGGGUUCACGGAAGUCUCCAAGAUUGGCUAGGCGUGGUUAGUUCUUUAGCGGUUCAGGUCUUACGAGCACUUGGUAAUUUAAGUAUAUUUUGAAAGAAAUGACAAACAUAUUGUUGCAACAGUGGAAUGGGUAGGCAAAGAAUAAACACGGCUGCUUUGAUUUAAAACAUGACAUACGAACUCCUUUUUUGGUCUUUAAAGUUUGCAAAACUCUUGCUGCAAUUACAAUUUGCAAAUGCAUGGCUGGCGCCUCCCCUGUGCGUGAUGUUUGAUGUUUUGGGAUCAUUCAGCUGAUUAUGGACAUCACCGUCAACCGGAUCACUCUUAAACGUAUCCUGUAUCUGUCUUUUCCCCGUUCUACAAGAAACGUGUAGGCCAAGGAAGCUGAAUUUGUGUUGUUAUAUGUUGUACUCUGUGCGUGUCCGCAGUGCAGACAACGAGCAGUCUCUUAUUUUUCUUGGCAAAGUUAAUCCCACAUAACCCAUUCACCCGAGCCGCGAAGCCCGAGAAGAAAAGCAGUCUACCCGCAGUAAAACCAGUGCAACAGUCGACGGAAGAGAAAAACAUAAUUUCCUGAUUCAGAUUUCUGAUUUUUUGUCUUUUACCUUUUGUUUUAGUAGCUACGAAAGAGCAUUCCUCUUAAUAGACUCCUUAAUUAAUACACGUUUUCAAAACUAAGAACCUGCCGCAACCCCGCUCUACGCGACCAAAAGCUAUCCAUUCCUUAUCUUAGAAUACUCUAGCUAGUCUUAUUUUAUGAAACAGUCGUCAGUUUGACUGGAACAAAAACCAAUUAUGGCAGGUAUUCUAAACAGCUGUCAAUUGAUUUCACGUGACCAUCGUCUCUGCCAUGCCACGACGUUGCAAAACUAUGACAAUUGUAGUACCUUCAAUGUUUUCCCAUUUUCUUAACCUAACUGAAUUUUUUCUGUGUUUUUGAAGUCUGUCUUUUUUUACCUUCUCGCGUGGUCAGUAUUGUGGCGUCCUCUCAAGAAUUUGACUUACAUUCCGAGACGUGGGGCUAUGAUUAUUAGUAGCCCCCUAAACCUAUGUAUUAGGUUUCCUUUUAUUUUCUAAAGUGAGGGAACAAACAUUCAGUUUCUUCGUUUUCUCAUCACGGAGUCAGUGAAGGCAUAUUGGAAAGAGAAAGCGGAAGUUUCUAUUUCGUUCAGACCUCUAAAACUUACCUCAUUUUGCCUAGGGUGGAUUCGCUGUAGCCUUGUUUAUUACUGAUUUAUUUUAAGUUUAAUACCUUUAAACUACAUUUCCCUUUGCACUUAGGCUUUUAGUACUAUAGUUUCAUUCGUGUAAAUGACAAAAUUUUAUAGUGGUCAUCCCCUGUGUUUUAUUAGCUCUUUUAGCUUCCCUGAAAACCCGAAGGAUUUAUUCCCUUCAACUACAUUUCUGUUUGUAGUUUCGUAAGCUUUUAGCAGUAUAAAUAUCGUGUAAGUGGCAGAAAAUGAUUCAAUAACCAUCCCCUUUUAUUGUCUUAGCCCUUUUAGCUAUUCUAACGUGGACGAAUUUUAACGAACUUUACGUUGUCAGUCCUCUUGAAAAAUCGGACGUGCUUGUGAGUGUUUUUUACGAUCACAUGAGGUCUCUUGAAGAGUUUUUAAGUUUAAAGAUCAUAUCUUGAAACCUCCUCGAAUUGUAAUCAUUUCUGCACUUUCCUUACAACUUGCAACUAUCGAGAUAAGUAACAUUAUUGUAGGGUUACAAAAAACGAGACUUGACGGUACCCUUUCGAGAAAUUGAACUCACAUCUACUCAUGUGAUGUCGUUCGCAUCAUGUAUGAUCUAGAGGCAACGGAUUUCGUUUUCCAUAUAAUUAUAAAUUUUUUACGUAUUUUUUGAUCAGUUUUGGCGGAACAAGUAGGUACGGAAAUGUUUGUUACAUAUUUGGUAAUUGCUUUCCUCUAUGAUAACAAAUGGAGAUAUAAUUGCGAUAGAAUUGUAGAUACAGUAUCAUUAUCUCAAGCGUCCCAGAUGCUUUUACAAGGAGAUUUACUUAUUCUUUGUAACAUUGCAAAUUACAGUAAGUGCUUCAAGACGCUUCCACAAAAUGUUUAUUUUUAGGAAUCGUUUAUAGUACAACCGGUCAAGAAAGGUCAUAAGGCAAAAGCCUAGCAAAAAUGACAACAACGGCUGACUUAAUUGCGUUCAACGGCAUUUGGUUUUUCCCUCUCGUUCUGGGCCAGCUUGGUCCAUGUGUUCCUGUGAAACAUAUAUUUUAAUCUUUAUGUUUCCAUUGUGUUGUGCCAUUAAAAAAACAACAACAUCAUCAACACUGCAAACGUUAAUGACUUGAGAUAAUAGCCUGCGCGUGCCGGAUUGCUUGAUAUGUGGAAUUUGCAACACUUCCCUUAAAUAGUUACUAAAUAGUUAAAGAUGUCCUCUGUUUUUUAGUACAAAUAGGUGGAGAAGGACUUCGUGUUAUUCCAAUAGGAAAUAACUCAUGGUAGAUUCGUGUGACCCUUGCAUGGUUAUCAAUGGUAGAAAACAUUUUUGUAUAUGUUACUUUAUGCGGAAAACAUGAGGAAGUUUAGGAGAUCUUGGGAGUUGUCGACCUUCACUUACCAGCAAAAGCGUUUAUUUUCGUUGCAUUUUUCAAAAUCCUUUAAUUCUUUGCACAGAUCUGUCUCUCAUUAAAUGAACUAUCUUUCUACAACAGAUAAGUCCGCAAAGUCAAAGCAAAGUGCGCCUUGUAAAAGUUUUCGAGAAUCUAGUGGCUUUGUACUUAGACAAAAAUAUGGAAAUAUUAUCUACCACAUGAGAGCAUACCUGCAAUUUGACCACCGUUACAAACAGUGCAACACCACUCAAGGACGUUUUUCUAUUGUUUUUAAUUUGAGUGGACGUUUUGGAGUAUGCUUACAUAAUCUAGAGUUGUAGAGACCCCGCCGCUGAAUUGUAAAGGGUAUUAAAAAAUAACAUGCAUAGCGUCCUAAAGUUACUUUCAUUUGAAUGGUGUUUUAUAUAGUAUACAACGCGCACUAAAUAGCGGCUGUUACCUAACGCUUAUAGCAUUUAAAACCACGUUACUAGCCUGAUAAUAAACAGAAGUACCGCCAGUUCAGUGUUUACUUUACAAAGUUUGAGCCACUUCACACAGCGUAAUUUUACUAGCACCGUUAAAGAAUACUAGUUGCUGUUUUUUAGAGGUGAAUUGCGCGAUUAUCCUCUUGAUAAAUUUCCAUAUUCAGGGGAUUACUUAGCUACUUGGAAUUUAGUUUUUUGACGGUCAAUUGUCAACUGGAGAGUGAUUUGCCAGGGAAUAGCGUCAUCUAUGUUUUGAAUAACCGGGGAUAUCUACCUUUCCUAUAAACUACGACAAUGAAUUGAUGAUUUCCGCUGAUUCGAAAGUCAGGACCGUCUUGAACGCGGGUAUCAGAAAACAGGGUCACAAAGGAUCGCUUAGCUUGAAGUUUGGAGGAGUUAUGAGGGCAUUUCAUCGAAGCCAAUGUCAAUAAGAAAAUACUACCCAGUUUUCGUAUAUCAGCGGCACUCAUGGACGGUUUUCUCCUAAACACAUUGAAAACACUUUUUGGCCUAUCUAGAGUACUUUUAGAUCUCUAGAAAUGCAUUCUAAGCAGCGCUAUAAAAUUUGUAUCUGUUCAGGUCAUCUUAGGGGACCUUAAGUCUUUUCGAAAUUAAAAGGCCUUGAGUAUUAUUUUACAAAAAAAGAGACAUUUUCUUAUUCCUCUCUCAAUGACAUUUUUGAAUCCGAAAAUUUUAGGUUUCCUUUUUCUGCGAAAAAUAUCCUAACCUGGGAGGUGAAAUGUGAAAAUUACACUUCAGAAAAUCGUUACGAAUUUAUUAGAUAAGCGUCGAAAACUAUACAUGAACGGAACGGUCAUCUAGAACUUUUUAGCCGUCCUCAAGUAAUGGAAAAUUCGUGGCAAUAUUUGCUUCCAUGAACAGAUAUUUUACAGAAAAAAGUCGUUGGGUGCCACUGGUAUUUGUUGAGAAUUCCAACCGAUAGACAGUAAUACAGCUGAGAACUUCAGCGGUUCUGCAUCAAAUCAUAUCAGACCAUCUUAAAGCCAGAAACGCACUGCUGAAUAGAGGAUUCCCGCACCAUUUGUUGUGUGGUGUUGGUUGGAUGAGAAAAGGCUGACAGUAGAGUAGUAGUAGAUAUUAGAUGAACGUUAGUCGUAAAAAAAACACUGACCUUGCACUUCACUGCAGGACACAGACAGGUGUUGUGUAGUAGUUAGUAUCAUAUGAUGGGGUAGAAAUGGUUACCUCAGUGUAGGUGUUGCGCAAGAGGAAGGUUUGCGCUCGAGUGAAGCCGUUUGCAGCCUUAACGCUUGCAUAGACUUGCUCUUUACUGUCCUGUCCCGGCUGAAUAUGUGCGUCAUUUCGACGUAAAUUAACGCGGAAAAAAGGUAUAGAAUUGCGCAGGGGAAACUCUCUUACAAAGGGGAAAGAACUCUUGUCUUUUUCUGUUAUCGCUUUUUACGGAAGUAAAAGAAAAAAUUGUUGGCAAAUCAUCAGAGUUAUUUUGUAUUGUUACUUUUUGAAAUCAUUUUUUCCCCCUGCUAACAGUGUACAUGCUUGCACGUUUUUCAUCGUAAGAGAACUGACCAUCUUGUUUCUGGUAUGUUAAGUUCCCUUGUUGAGACACGGAAGCUAUGAUUGGCGCCUUGCUUCAUUGAUACUAGAAUGUUGCUUAAAGCGAUCUCAAUCGCUGAGCAAAUAUCACGAUUUUUUCAGUAAGUGAUUCACUUAAAAGUGUUCCUGAUUUUCAAGGGCAUAUCUUUUGUUUAUGUUUCCACCGCGCGCUACUCUCACGUUUCAUCUGCUUUCAGUAUUUACAUACCCCGUCGCGUCUUAAUUACAUUACUUGCCAGAAAUACUUCGAUGACAAGCAAUAUUUUUUUACACGUGUUAAAGCCCGCGGUAUAAAUAAGGCGCGACUUCGCAUUUUAAUCAGUUUGACCACUUGAGAGACAACCGAGACAAGUCCUAUUUCAUUGAUAAUCAGUCGCAUGGUGAAUCAUUCAACUAGAUCUAGCAUCAUCAUUUAGUGUUUUUAGGCUCUUGAGACAAAUGAUAGGAAAAAUGAAGAAACAAGGUGAGAAGUGGCGCAAUUCUGUGGACACUUUACCGCUCCCAAGAAACGUUUUUAACGUGGUUGUGCUCGGCGCAGGCGGCGUGGGAAAGACCUCGCUCGUUGCACGCUUCGUCAAGAACGAAUUCCCGGAAAUUCACAACCCAACGGUGGAGGAUUUGUACGAGAAGCCAAUUCAUCUGAGGAAAGGUGUCAGCGCCUUUCUACAGGUUUUAGACACUGCGGGAACGUACCAGUUCCCCGCAAUGAGAAGAGUAACAUUGCAGUUCGGCGAAGCAUUCAUCAUUGUGUACGGCGUGAACGAUCCUGAUUCACUUGAGGAGGCGUUGAAAUUACAGCAGGAAAUCUACGAGGCGAAGGGAACAGAAGAUGUUCCGAUGGUGAUAGUCGGGAACAAAUGCGACCUCGCUUCUACAAGAACAGAUGAGCCUUUGGUCCGCCGUGCUAUCGCAUCCACGCUCUUGCGAGGGAAAAACUGUGUUUUAGCCGAGACUUCGGCCAAAUAUGACGUUAACGUGAGCGGUGUGUUCACUGCUUUGAUGGGGCAAAUAGUGCUGUCUAGUAGUACUCCUGUGAUAACUGGUAAGAGGAGUCGGAGGGGCAGAAAGUAUAGCGCACCGUCAACGCUAUAGUCAAUGAACAGAAUGAAGAUAUAAACAGAGAUGUUUUGAAAACAGCUGAACACUUAUGUGGGGCUGAAGGAAGAAAAGUACUCCGGGAUGGAUACACUGUUAAACGCUAAUCCUUGUUCAUCGGACCACAGACUUCAACACAGGAUGUAAAUCUGAGUGAAAUUUCAAUAUCGUAAAAGAAAACCAUUAUGGUGUACUUUUGUUGUGACUGUGGCUGAGGUAACACGAGAGCUGUCAUAUAACAUCUGCGGACACAUGCAUUUAUUUUGUAGUCCGUUUUUAAACUGUGUUUUACAGGGUCUUCAAUACCUAAAACUGCUGAUAAAAGAUAUAGAGCAGUUUCUUAUGAAAAUUGAGAAAAAAAUGCUUUAUAAGCUAGGCAAGGUCAAAGGUAGACCAAGGUAGACCCCCUCUCAUGGCAGGUGACGGUUGAUUGAAUCAGCAGAUGAGAGGAGAAUGAUCAAUUAUCGGCCAUCAGAUGAAUUCAGUGAUUUGAAAAGCAAGGCUUUAUGAAGGGAAAAAUGUGAAGCAAGAACAUAAUCUUCGAGGAUUAGAAAUGGUAGAGUUUUAAGAACAUUUUAACCGCAUUUGGACUUCCGGCCACGUUACACGUAGUUGCAUCGUGACGGUAAAACUAUUUUUGUCAUGUCGUUAUAAAACUUGUGUUGUAAUUUGUAAUUGUCAGCACAUAGAUAUAUACAUUUUUAUAAUCGCCCGUUUAGUUAUUUACUGUUCAUAGGUUAUUUAUGAUGUCAUUCUGCUUACAAAUAUUGAUAUCAGUAAUAUAUUUGAUAAUGUACAGACCAUUUCGUGUCACGCAAAGUGUGCAUAAAAUGUAAUUAGUGUUCUUGUGAAAACUUGGUUUUAAAAGCUGAAAUGAUUAUGAAUUAAAAUGUUUAAGAAAGGAAAAACUUUAAGCGAAGUUAUUUAUUUCUCGUCCUGUUAACUGCGAGCGUUAUCAUUAGUACACCUGCACUGUAGCCGUAUUUUUUUUAGAAACAUUUUCUUGUAAUCGUAGGGUGUCUAAUUGCCAUUAAAUAUGCUACGAAACUUCGGUGUUUUUAUUUUAAAAUGUCCCAAAAGCAGAUUAGAAUAAAUGGUUAGAGCAUAUUAUUUUUCUGCGUUUAUCCGUGCUGUUCAAAGCGACGUCUUCAAUUUAUCUUUCGCUUACAUCAUACCCUUGAAAUGAGGUAACAAGUAUUGGGUCUUUCAAUAUCUGAGAGGUGGUAAAAGCCACUUCAAGUAAGGGUCGCAGAAUUGCUUUUAACACUAGCGCAACUCAAUCUAGCAUGCGGAAGUACAUGAGUCCUCUCAUUUAUUAUCUCAGUUAUAUAGCGCUUGUUGAACGCCUAAGGUCGUAGUGAUUUAUCAUCAAAAUGCGAAGUCACUCAAGUUUCAUCGAAACCUGGGUACCAGUCUCCUCUGAGACUAAGAAUUGUGAGUUGAACUCCUGCCUUCUUCACUGUCUUCCGCUGAUCUCCGUACCCUCGCACUGGGUACUAUAUUUCAAGUCUAUUUCGGUUAAAACUUUCUCUCAGCCAGGUUCGCAAAUGUCGCAAAUCCCGCUGCGUUCUGCUAAACGCACUCAGGCGCUUCACAUCUAAAAAAAGUCUUAAAUCCACAGUGGUGAGACGUAAAUGGCAAAAUGUCUGAAAAUAUGUUGGUAUUGCAUUGGAUUAUGUGGUAUUUGUUUUAGAUCGGAAAUUUUCCAACAGUGCGACCAGAUUAUUUGCUGACCUAUGUAAAAUUAUGCAAGAGAAGGGUGCGCAAACUUUGGGGAUUUCCGGCCCUGUUUCAACCCCUUACGUAUCUCUCUUUUUUCUUGUGACCGGAUGCAGGUCGUUGAAUCAAUUCCGAGAAUUUCACCCUUUUUCGCCCCUGAUCCUCGGGGUAAUUUUGUUUCUUUAAGAGCCAGCCCUCAUCGAUCCAAACAUGUAGAGCACUUAGCUUGUGUUUGUUUUGUCUUGGGUGGUGGUGUUUCUUGUGACCGGAAAAAAGGUGGUUAAUUAAAUUCCACAAAGUCAGCACUUAUCCUCAGUUUCAAAGGGGAUUUUAUUUGUUUGAAUAACAAAGAUUAUUUCCUGUUCGAUCGAACUGAAUAAUCUACUUAUCUCAGUGGGUUUUUUUGGUUAAAUAAUCCGAUUUAAUCAUUCUAUUCAUGGUACACAAAGAUUGCGUGACAAGUACCUACACCCAAGAGUUUCAGCCGUGGUAAAUUCACGUAACAGUGUAUAAAGGAGACAAUUUUGAGUGUUUUAGUUUAUUCGCUAUUGACUACUGAACAUAUGUAACCACAUUAUCCUUUGGAUUCUGCGAGAUAUCAAGUUAUGCAUUACUCCCACCAUUUUGCGGUUGUGGUUGUUGCUAGCCAGUACCUAUUUGUUUGUUUUUACAGACGGUAACCUUGCCGAAGUAUGCCGCCUUUCACCACAAAGACGUUCUCCCGUUCUUUCCAGAAAGAAUCGAGAAAGUAAGUUUUUCCCUUUAGGGGAUACUUUAUGUAAUGCCUUUCAUGUCCUCACUGAAUUUUAAAAACUGAUCAGCAUGCAACCCCCAUUAGCGCACGGGAGUGUCCUUAACUCUGAUGGUUGGUACGAUCCUCGGGGGAAGGAGCCGAUUACGGGGGGUAUUCUGCAUGAUGGCCUAUACGGGGAGGCUCCGCCCGAAAGGGGUACCUUUUUUGUCUCCGGUUAUAUAAUAGGGUAGGGAUUUCACAAGUUGAAGUAUAUGGAACGGUAGGGUAAUCCGUAAUUUAGGUGUUUAAAGGGCCGUUAAUAAAAAAGAAAAUCUCUCGAAUAGACGCACGUUAUGGCCAUAUCAUUUUUUACAAUAACUGAGCGAAUCCUCGCGCGCUGAUUGGUCGAGAGCUAUGGCCUAUUUAGUAAAAUCCAACUAGUGGUCUAUUAUCAAUGCUGCGUUCUGACUGGUUGAGCUACUACUAGGCUAUAUGUUAUAGCAGAAGCAUAUAACCCCUUCGGGGUUAUAUUCUUCUGGUUAUAGCCCCCUUUUAGCGAAAACCGCGGGCUUUUUGGCGGCAAAAAAAGCUUAAAGUCUAUCUUUUAAAUAACUAAAAAAUUUUUAUUCUCGAUAUUUUUGACCAACUAGUUGGAUUUUACUAAAACAGUUAUUCCUCUCGCCCUCAUGGCCUCUUAGGGCUAUUGACUCAGAGCCCAUUCGGGCUCGAGGAAUAAUUGUUAAGUAGCUUGCGUGGCAGGCGUUAAAAGGGGAAGGGGAUGGGGGAAUUUGGGCGCGCGAGGAAGAAAGCUCGCGCCCUCAAUUCUCUUCCCCUUCCCUUUCGUACGCCUGCCACGUAGGCUAUGGCAUAUGAGAGUACAGACCAUGGAAAUGACGUAACAUCUCACGCAGUGCCGGUUGUUUUGUUUUUGGUUUUUCGUAAAAAUAAUUUUACCCCUCAACAUGGACAAAGAUAAGAAUCAAAUUUUAACAUAUUGGUAGAAAUUUCUGUGAGUGAGUUGGUGCUUGAAGCUGCAAAGGUAGAGCAAAAAUACGAAAAACAACAAGAAAAACGUGGCUUCGCGCGGUUGGAAGAGGACGACUUGCAACAACUAGUGAAAAACAAAUGUUAUCGUACAAAACAAAUCGACCACAAUUUUCCAUUGGCUACACUGUUAUAGACCAUAGAAAUGACGCCAUAAAAAUGUUCAAAACUUUGCAGUGAAACCACUCGCCAGCGGCUCCUGGUUCCACUUGAGGUUUGAACAUUUUAUGACGUCAUUUCUAUGGUCUAUAGGAGUGUAGACCACAGAAAAUUGUAGCCGAUUUGUUAAUUUAUUAGACGCUAGAUAUCUUUCAUAUGAUCUUGAAGGCAGACUAUCCGUAGCUUGUUUUAAGGCUCACCAUAUUUCAAUGGAAGGUAUACGAAACGGGUACCUUUUCUGCCAAAAGUUGUUUAUAAAAGGGUAAGGGAUUGGACCACGGGGCGGAGCCUCCCCAUAAAAAACUUUGUUGACUAUUCCCGCGUGGGAAAUAUCAGUCUUCUCUUGCGUAUUUCUUUCAUUUUAAUUUAAACAAUGAAUAUUAAUCCAGCAGCCAUUUUGGCAUUGGGUCCAUAACUUUUGUAUCUGUCCAUAACUUUUGCAUCUAUUGAAAUCAAAGGAUUUGACAAAUAUGAAAUUUGCCCGUGGGGCAGGAACGCGUGACGAACCCCUAAGAACGUCUACGUGGGAGGCUACUUAAGAAUAAGCUGGGUUUUAGAUGCUGUCUAACUGAAAUCGUCAACAUUCUGUACAAAACCCAUGAAAAGUAUUUUUUAUGGUUAAAUAUAAAAGCAUACUUACGAGCUAAAACAAAGACAUAACUAAAAUAAAAAUGCAGACGGAAAGACAAAAAUAGCUACCGACUAUAUAAAAAAAUAACUUUCCAUUCAAAUUAUCGUAAUCCUAUUCGUCUCGGUAUUUGUCACGUACUGAACACGUUCUUCUAUGGUUUCUUGACAACCGUACUAAAUAUUUCUCGGUUGUCUACACUGUUUUCCUGUUUUGAUCUUUCACUCCUAUUUGCGCCAAAGUAAACAUUCGAAAAUACUCCAAAUUUCAUUUUUGUAAAAUCCUUUGAUUUCAACAGAUGCAAAAGUUAUGGACCCAAUGCCAAAAUGGCUGCUGCAUUAAUGUUCUUUGUUUAAAUUAAAAUUAGCCUGACUAGUCUCGCUUGAGAUAAUGAAUUCUUUUGAAUUUGGUACUGGAGAACGAGGCUAGUCAGGCUAGUUUUGAUCUAAACAGAAGAAUCUUAAUCCAGCAGCCGUUUUUGCAUUGGGUCUAAUAUGACAAUGAUCUCACCAUCACUUACGAGUGGUCUUUGUUCGUUUUCAAACUUACUGUUGACUGCAAACACCCAUGACGCAUUUAAACACGGGAAAGAGGGACUGAAAUAUUCACAACAUCGGUCGACCUGCCAACUGCAGACGUAUUUCCGGUCGUCGCUUCUCUCCCUCCGAAAAGAAGGGACGACCGAGAUAUACGUUUCUCAAACUCAUUAAUAAUUCAUAAAGAAAAUACAAAGAAAAUUAAUGUUUAAUGAGUGUUUGGAAAUCGGAUGAAAAACUGCUCAGUAUUUGCAUCCUUAAUUUCUCCUUCAAAAAUGAUUUUGUUUGAGAAGAAAUAUCAAACAUUCGACGCAGUGUUUCAUCACCAGAUGAAACACCUCGAAGUUCUGAGCGAAUCCUCGCGCGCUGAUUGGUCGAGAGCUAUGGCCUAUUUAGUAAAAACCAACUAGUGGUCUAUUAUCAAUGCUGCGUUCUGAUUGGAUGAGCUAGUACUGGGCUAUAUGUUAUAGCGGAAGCAUGUAACCCCCUCGGGGUUAUAUGCUUCUGGUUAUAGCCCCCUAUUAGCGAAAGCCGCGGGCUUUUUGGCGGCAAAAAAAGCUUAAAGUCUAUCUUUUAAAUAACUAAAAAAUUUUUAUUCUCGAUAUUUUUGACCAACUAGUUGGAUUUUACUAAAACAUUUAUUCCUCUCGCCCUCAAGGCCUCUUAGGGCUAUUGACUCAGAGCCCAUUCGGGCUCGAGGAAUAAUUGUUAAGUAGCUUGCGUGGCAGGCGUUAAAAGGGGAAGGGGAUGGGGGAAUUUGGGCGCGCGAGGAAGAAAGCUCGCGCCCUCAAUUCUCUUCCCCUUCCCUUUCGUACGCCUGCCACGUAGGCUAUGGCAUAUGAGAGUACACACCAUGGAAAUGACGUAACAUCUCACGCAGUGCCGGUCUUUUUGUUUUUGGUUUUUCGUAAAAAUAAUUUUACCCCUCAACAUGGACAAAGAAGAACCAAAUUUUAACAUAUUGGUAGAAAUUUCUGUGAGUGAGUUGGUGCUUGAAGCUGCAUAGGUAGAGCAAAAAUACGAAAAACAACAAGAAAAACGUGGCUUCGCGCGGUUGGAAGAGGACGACUUGCAACAACUAGUGAAAAAUAAAUGUUAUCGUACAAAAACAAAUGGACCACAAUUUUCAAUGGUCUACACUCUUAUAGAUCAUAGAAAUGACGCCAUAAAAAUGUUCAAAACUUUGCAGUGAAACCACUCGCCAGCGGCGAUUUUUCAACAACUAGUGAAAAAUAAAUGUUAUCGUACAAAAACAAAUGGACCACAAUUUUCCAUGGUCUACACUCUUAUAGAUCAUAGAAAUGACGCCAUAAAAAUGUUCAAAACUUUGCAGUGAAACCACUCGCCAGCGGCUGGUGGUUCCACUUGGGUUUUGAACAUUUAUGACGUCAUUUCUAUGGUCUAUAAGAGUGCAGACCAUGGAAAAUUGUGGUCCAUUUGUUAGUUAAUUUAUGAUAUGAUCUUGAAGACAGACUAUCAGUAGCUUUGUUUAAGGCUCACCAUAUUUCAAUGGAAGGUAUACGAAACGGGUACCUUUUCUGCCAAAAGUUGUUUAUAAAAGGGUAAGGGAUUGGACCUCGGGGCGGAGCCUCCCCAUGAAAAACUUUGUUGACUAUUUCCGCGUGGGAAAUAUCAGUCUUCUCUUGCGUAUUUCUUUCAGUUUAAUUUAAACAAUGAAUAUUAAUCCAGCAGCCAUUUUGGCAAUUGCAAUUGAAAUCAAAGGAUUUUACAAAAAUGAAAUUUGCCCGUGGGGCAGGAACGCGUGACGAACCCCUAAGAACGUCUACGUGGGAGGCUACUUAAGAAUAAGCUGGGUUUUAGAUGCUGUCUAACUGAAAUCGUCAACAUUCUGUACAAAACCCAUGAAAAGUAUUUUCUAUGGUUAAAUAUAAAAUCAUACUUACGAGCUAAAACAAAGACAUAAGUAAAAUAAAAAUGCAGAAAGAAAGACAAAAAUAGCUACCGACUAUAUAAAAAAAUAACUUUCCAUUCAAAUUAUCGUAAUCCUAUUCGUCUCGGUAUUUGUCACGUACUGAACACGUUCUUCUAUGGUUUCUUGACAACCGUAAUAAAUAUUUCUCGGUUGUCUAUACUGUUUUCCUGUUUUGAUCUUUCACUCCUAUUUGCGCCAAAGUAAACAUUCGAAAAUACUCCAAAUUUCAUUUUUGUAAAAUCCUUUGAUUUCAAUAGAUGCAAAAGUUAUGGACCCAAUGCCAAAAUGGCUGCUGGAUUAAUGUUCUUUGUUUAAAUUAAAAUUAGCCUGACUAGUCUCGCUUGAGAUAAUGAAUUCUUUUGAAUUUGGUACUGGAGAACGAGGCUAGUCAGGCUAGUUUUGAUCUAAACAGAAGAAUAUUAAUCCAGCAGCCGUUUUUGCAUUGGGUCUAAUAUGACAAUGAUCUCACCAUCACUUACGAGUGGUCUUUGUUCGUUUUCAAACUUACUGCUGACUGCAAACACCCAUGACGCAUUUAAACACGGGAAAGAGGGACUGAAAUAUUCACAACAUCGGUCGACCUGCGAACUGCAGACGUAUUUCCGGUCGUCGCUUCUCUCCCUCCGAAAAGAAGGGACGACCGAGAUAUACGUCUGAAAUACGUCUGCUGUUCGCAGGCUAGUCGAGAAUGUGCCUGAAAUCUGGAAAUGUCUUUUCAGCCAAAAUCUCCGACUAAAUAAGACAGUAUAACCUUUCACACCGUUUGUUUUUUGAAGGCAAUAGAACGAUAUCUCAAAAAUAGGACUAUGCCAUUCUCGGCAUUAUUUAGUUAUCAAAAAAUUAAAUCACAAACGACGUUGAUAAGCGUUGUAAGCUUACGCAUUUUUAUAUCAACUUGACGUUUCGUAUGCUAGUCAACAUACGUUAAUACGAAAGUGAUAAGGUUUCUGGAACCGAGAUUAAGAAAAAAUCUUGACAGUGAAUGUAUGAAGCAACAGCUGAUUAAUAAAGCAUUAGCUUUUGACUGAUGAUGUCGACAUAAAAAUGUGGCUUAAGCUUUUGAAUAAAUAAUGUUUCCUUUAGUUUACAGUGAUAAUCAUUUCACAAGUUUAACAUGCCAUCUCAAUGUGCCUGCAAAAAAUUAAAACUGUUUGUCUGGUCAUGAACAAUAAAAACAGCGUUUCAGAACGUUUUCAAAAUCUUUCCUAUAAGCAACCCAUUGAAGCCCGCGUCUUCGUCGGUCGCUACUCGCCUGACCUGCGUAAACACUCACGUUCCCAACUUAGACGCCUAGUUUCUUUGUGGGAUAAAAAAAAGGAGGCGCUUAUGGAGUAAUACGUAACAAGCAAUCUAAACUUGUACUUGUAGGUGUAAGAAAACUGUUGUCCGUAAUCCUUAGAAAAUGCUUGAAAGUAACAAAGAUAAAUGUCACCUCGAGUUGAAUUCGAAGUAAUACGUUGACAAAACGUACAUUUGUAUCCUUAACGUAUGCUUUUGUUUCUUUUCCAGAAAUCCGUAUUCCCGAAGUUCAAGAAAGAGUUGCUGAUGCCGUUAAUAACAUAGUUAAACACUUCUACAAACCCGAGAAAGAGGUAACAUCAACUUACCUAUUCCUAAUUCAAUCUUUCGGUUGGAACUAUUCUAAGGGUUAGAUCGUGCAACUGAGCCCAACUGAGUUACCGGACUUUAUAAUAAAUAAUGUUUUCUUUAUUUGACAGUGAUAAUCAGUCUUACUCGACGCUAAAUUUUCAAAUAAUCCACUGUUUAUGAUCCACUGUUUGUAAUCGAGUCUUGAUUUAGGAAUUGUUUGAUUCGGCCUUCGUAUGAUGUGAAAAAUUAUGCGAAUCGAGGAGUGUGUCAUCGGCAAACAACGCAACUUCAGGCUGUAACGUGAACGACAAAUUCAAAAUAACAAUCCUUUUACUUUGUUAGUGCUUUUAAAUUAACAUUUUGGACAUCAACAAAAAGAUUAUGUUGGGGUUGACCACGUCAUUUUAACAGGCCGAUAUUUUUUAUCUUGUUCCGUUUUUAGAGAGGAAAUCUGACGUACUUGUUGUGUGGUGAUGGUGGUCUUUGUCAAGCACUAGAACAGGUGAACUUUCUCUUCCUAUUGACUUAACUCUGUUGUUUCUUGUGUGUAUUUAUCUCGUUAUUUAACGCAUUAAAUUUUCUGUAGACUGUUUUCCUACUCAUAGGCCUUGUCCGUAACUGUGCUGACAUUGUGAGUGGCUCCUGCUAAAAUGUUCUACAAUUGAUUUUUUGAUGGAGCCGUGUGACGGAAGGUUUUUCCACUUUGAGACGAAUUUAAGGCUCAACGGGAACUCGGCGCUUUAACUAUCGGUUAACUAGGGGAAACUAGAAUCAAUUGCAACUCGCUUGCGGGGAAGAGCCGUCACUUCUCCGUAGCACCGGGAUCAAACCACUAACUGGUACAGCAGUAGAUAAAACAGAACUAAACUUGGUUCCAACAGCGUUUAUUCUUGUACACGUAACGUAACUUAGCUCACAAAUGUAAUCGGCGAUGCAACUGAAAAAUCAGUAUAAACUAACUUAUAUAUGAUUUUUACAACCAUUGAAAACAAAAGAGUACAAUAGAUGUGUAAACACAAAUCAUUUAGAAGUAAAUGAAAAUCAAAUAAAAGAGAUAGUUAUAGCUUGUUAGUGUUGCUAUUUUUAAAAAGUAAAAGUACUGGAACAAAAGCUAGCUACGUUUGCUAGGUCAGCGAAACAGCAUUUAUGUACAAUAUUUUACAAUAUGAAUGAAAUUGCAAGGCCAGCUAGCGUCUGUUCAAACAGGAAGAAACGGGGACCAAUUACUAGUUUCCUAGUUUUAAAGUAAAGCAAAUAUAUUUCGAAUUUGCAAGUCAGCAAAACCUUUCAUAUCCCAAACUCAGCUGUUGCCACUAUUUAACCAACAGACUAAUGAACGUUAUAUUCGCAAAUACGUAUGGGUAAAAUGCAAUUAAAGCGAGGCACAUCUGUAAAAAGGAGGUAAUGUUAAAGGGAACCUCCACUCUUACUACAGAAUAAGUUUAAAUCGAAUAAAAUUGUGUUGAUAAACAAAUUUGUUCGAGAUUUGUCUUAAAAAAAGUGUUUAUAUCAGGAAAAGUGAAUUUUAAAAUCGCUUAUUUUCACUUUCAAAUUUCGCGGGCGCCGCCAUCUUGAAUAAUCGUGACUUGUUACGGUUGAUCUAUUGUUCUGACACAAAGAGCUUUUGUUUAAUAACAGUAGGGCAACAUUACGCGUCACAAUUAUUCAAGAUGGCGACGCCCGCAAAAUUUGAAAACAAAAAUAGGCGAAUCUAAAAGUUAUUUCUUUCGGAUACAAACGCUUUCUUUAAAAAUAUUUUAGAUUGACUUGACUGUAACAGUUAUUUCCUGUGAUUUAAAGUUAUCUUUUUGUUGAAGUGGAGGUUCCCUUUAACGGAUGUCGUGCAGAAUAAAAAGAAAGCUUAAAUUAAAAGAUAAACUAAAGUUAAUAGCCAUUAUUCUGAAAACUAAUGAUUAUUUCCGAAAAGUCAACAAUUGAAGUUUAACGUGUCCAGUUGAAAAGAGUAAGCGGUGAAUAGUUUUGAUGGCUGUAAACACUGUUGGCUUUUACUGGAAUUAUUGCGUUAACGAACACUAAGUAAUCAAACAAGUACAAUAAAAUGGCAUGAGCCUUUUUGGGGAGCGAAAACCUCUUUAUGCGAAUUCAGUAUGAAUUACUGAAAACAACAUCAAAGCGAGCAUUUAAAAGCUAUAUAUGAACUUCGAGGCAAAUAAAGAAUUCAUGGAAAAUCUCUCCUUACAGCCGAAACCAAUUGUGGAAUUGCAGGUAUUUUCCGCAUCCUACUCGCAAACAGUUACGACAUAUAGAUUUUUCGAUUAGCAAACAAUUUUUUUUUUUUGAAUUAGUUGUUACAAGAAUAUUCACAAACAAACACCACCACUAUGGAAUUUAAUCAGCGAAGUCCACAGUACUGGUCUAAUUUUGUUGGAACCGUCGCUAGACGUUACCCACUCCUCUAUAGAGCGUUUUCACAUAACGUCAUGCCGGCCAUAUUGGUAUUCCAAACCAGUAAAACUGCGGCCAUGUUGGUGUUCCUAACAAAUCCUGUGAAAGUUGAACUCUUUUCUUAUGUAUAAAACGCUUUCUUUUGUUCCGAUGUAUUUGCAUAGAUGCAGGCCCCAGAAACUGAAAACACUCUAUAUUUUUUCAGUCUGUUUACUUCCCCUCUCGUUCCUCAAUAGUGAGUCCAGCAUUUUUGUUGCAAAUGGGUAACAUGUAAAAUAACAUUGCAGGUGGGGGUGGGGGACAUCGAAAGUGUCAAGUGUUUUAACUAAUGUGACGAGGAUUGUAGUUGAGACCGUUCUGUCCUGUUCGAUCUUUCUGUCGCAAGAGCACUUUUUCUAUCAUUAUCCCGUACAUAACGAACUUCCUUUAAAGGGAACCUCCACUCUUACUACAGAAUAAGUUUAAAUCGAAUAAAAUUAUGUUGAUAAACAAAUUUGUUCGAAAUUUGUCUUAAAAAAGUGUUUAUAUCAGGAAAAGUGAAUUUUAAAAUCGCUUAUUUUCACUUUCAAAUUUCGCGGGCGCCGCCAUCUUGAAUAAUUGUGACGUGUUACGGUUGCUCUAUUGUUCUGACACAAAGAGCUUUUGUUUAAUAACAAUAGGGCAACCAUUACACGUCACAAUUAUUCAAGAUGGCGACGCCCGCAAAAUUUGAAAACAAAAAUAGGCGAAUCUAAAAGUUAUUUCUUUCGGAUACAAACGCUUUCUUUAAAAAUAUUUUAGAUUGACUUGACUGUAACAGUUAUUUCCUGUGAUUUAAAGUUAUCUUUUUGUUGAAGUGGAGGUUCCCUUUAACUUUUUCUAUGCGAGGAAUUCUCGGUACCAGCUGUAGAUGUUUGCUUUGUAAAACCUGGGUUCAAUUCAAUAAUUCUUUUACAACUUUACUUUACCAGUGUGGCUAUUGUUUUCCAACUACAAAACAACAGCUGCACUUGUAGAUCAGACCAGUAAGAGUGUUUGUGGUAAAGUUGAAUGUAUCUUUUUUGUUGUUGUUUAUUUGUCUGGUUUGGUAGGUAUUUCAGUGUGGAUUCAGAUCGUCUCGACUUUUUCGAAAUAACUUCUUCAUUUGGGACAUCUUAGGUUAGUCACAUUUUGAAGUAGUAAUUUUAACCUGUAUUGAAAGGCAAGCAGUGAUUUAACGAUGAAAUUGUACCACUGUGAAAACAUGAAACUCCACGCGAUAUCGUAUGAAUUUGCAAGAGAUGUGACGUUAUUACUUUAAUAAGCACCCGGUCCAAAAAACGUCAAAAAACGUAUGUUUAGUCCAAGGAAGCAUAUUCGAGGGGACGGUAAUGAGAACUAAAACUAAAGUUUUGCAAAAUCUUCAUUUUGAAAAAUGGACUAAAAAUUGAAAGAACAGAUAAUGGUCGUAGACGCACUUUACAUGCCCAUAGAGACAGAAAUACCUGGAGAAAAGACUCAAGAGGCGGGAACGGGGUCCGUUUAUUUGCUUGUUUAGCGAAGGGAGGGGAUCGUUUGGGGUAGAGAGCGCCUAUUAUAGCUUGAACGCUUGUUUGAGGAAAUCCGGUGGUCCGAAGUGGGCGGACUUGCGAGUGUCUUUUCUCCCGGAACAAAUGGCCAUUUUAAGGCUACUCUGGGGCCUGGGUCGAUGUUAUGUUGAAUUGCGUUUUUGGACUGUCUUGGGUACGAAUUUAAUAUUGAUGCUCGUGUUUCAAUAAGAGAAGUGUUUUUGCCCCUCCGCUCCAAACACUCCCAUAGUGCCGUUCAAAAUAACGCGACCCAGUCUUUUGCACAUCUCUCCAAAUUUUGCAUAACCUUUGUUUUUUAUUUCUCCUGGGUAUUACAGUCGUCCCAACCGAAAUCGAAGGCCAUGCUUAUGCAAAAUUGUGGGGGGGCAAACAAACAGUAUUAUGGAAGAUGAGCCAAUGGCGAACAAGCCAGCACUAAAGCUUGACAAUAGCACCAUUCUUAUCUCCUCUUCCUCUUGUAGAGAAAGGUCAGCAGUAUCUUACGUCUGUCGAGGAGGACUCUGACCAACCUGAUCACGUAAAAAGGGCGCGAAAAACAUUCUGUACUGUGAUAACCAGGAUAAACAACGCGUCACAAUCCAUUGGAAAAGAUGGCAAGGUAAUACUUUGGCUUUUCACUUAAUUUCGUGCUACUUAAAUACACCCUCGGUUACUCGAAACUCGUUUUAACUCCAACCAAAAUUGAUUUCCCUUGGAUUUGCCCCGUACUGUAGUUUUAUCCGGUCCUUAGUUACCGAAACCCUCGAUAUCUGAAAAACCCGCUAACGCGAAUUGAUUUUUCCCCUUUAGGUAAUGGAAUUUGACCUUCAAUAACUCGAACUCUCUAGAGAAAUUGUGACGAGUUUAUUAUCGAUGUGCUGAACAAAUUCUCCGGCUUUACAGAGUAUCGCUCUGAUCUUUGUACUCCUUCGUAAAACUGAGACGAUUUCACGCCGUUUGAAUAGCCGCUUUAGGGUAAUAAGUGUUGCAUGAUCUUGUACAGCAGCGUUGAGAGCUCCUGUUUUUCUCUUAAGCUUUCCUUCCCUCACCGAACCUCCAGAACUUAUUUUUGAAUGAUUUUGUAACAUUGGAGUCUGCUGAAGAUCUCUCUCAAUGCUCAUCUUGUUCUUCUUCUUCUUAAUCUUCUUCUUCUUCAGUUCCAGUCCUUUGUGUGCCUCGGUGCAAGGUAAGAAACUCUUUUUUUACAGCUAUGCUCAUACGUGCCACGGAAUCAAAUUAACAAAAGGUAUCACGACUCAUUCGAGUAGCCAAUCACAUUCGCCACUUUAGAAACGAGAAGGAAACUGGACCGAGUUAACUUUGGCAAAGACUUCUGGGACUGUUACUGGGAACAGGGAAAAAAAUUGGCCAAUAGCUGACAGGCGCGUCCCCAGUAGCGAUCCCACAAACACUUGCUUGACACAUUCUGGCUCUAGUUCCCUUCUCGUUUCUAAAGUGGUGAAUUCACGGUUGGUUUUAGUUUUAUUUUCGAUAGGCGAGAAAAAGCGCAAGAUAUUUGUCAGCCAACCAAAAACUAUAGAAACGCAGACUUAAUAAUCACAAUAUUGCUUCUGGCAUAGCCUGCGUAGCAGGCGCUUGGAAGUAAUGGGCGCAGAACGGAGCGCACGAGGGUGUCUCCCUCGAGCGCCCCGUUAUCUCUUGCGCCCAUUUCCUCCGAGCAGGCUACUUUUGGCAUAGAAGAUUAUUUAUAAGCGUGUGUGUAAAAUGUAGUUUUUGCCUCAGCUAAAUUGCGAAACGCGAAGCCUUUUGUACGGUAGUUGACGCCGAAGUUACGACUGGGAGAAAUGUUUCUUUGCAGGAGAGACUGGUGAAUUGAGAGACGACUGAGAGGAGUGUCACCGUGUCCUAGUACUCCUUUUUUUUUCUCGUACUCUCAUCAUAAAUUCUCCUUACCUUAAAAGUGCGAGUUACCUUUAGCUGAACCCCGCUAUCUCUAAAAAUACCCUUUGAGAUACAAAACUUCUGUAACUCUAGAGUGCGAAAUCUUGAAAUCUUGAAAUCUCUCUACGUGUGCCUUUUUUCGACAGAGAUCAUUUGCUCCAUGACUGGUUCGAACUCCUGUCCACGUGCCCAGCAACGACCAACAUGUACGACACGCCCUCGUUCUUUCGGGACACAACGCUGGUGCAGUUUUUGGUGGAUUUACUGCAAACUUUGAUGGAGUUCAAUAUAACACUAGAAGCCUCGCUUCUGAAGGGAAUCUCGUAACACGUCUUGCAAAGCAACCACAACAACCGUGAAGAUUGCUGGACGCGAGCUCCUUCAACGAAGAAGGGCAGUUUGUAGGGAGGGUGAACUAAAAGAAAGGUGCCUACGUUUUUGGCAGCCUUAAGUAACGAUGCAUGUUCAACUGCAGGGCAUUGUAGCAGAUUUAUACGAGCCAACCAAAACUGGCAGUAUUCAAGAUAGGCAAUUGCGAGUCUUGCUUUUCUAACAGGAAUUCUUUCCCGAGAAGAUAAACCGUUAAUUUCCCGAACCUUUUCCAAAAUCUGCGCUUAUAGUUGAAGCCGUAGUCACUCCAAAAAUAUGAUAAUUUGCCAUGAGUCUUUAUAGUACAACUAAUUUUAUUAGUUCUAUUUUGUCAGUUAGGCUAUGAUUGUUGACAAAUUUUGUGGUAAAGUGGACCAGCUUAAGAGUUGACUACAAUAAUUUAAGUAUCCCAGAAAGGAUUUACUUUAAUUUGAUGAUCACUGAACGCAGAUUUACAAGCUGAUAUUUGUAUGUAAUAUAGACAUGAUAUCAACUUACAUCCUUAAGCUUAAAACUAAUACAAAAAUCGUUGUAAAUAGAGCGAGUUGUUUUACAUUUGGUCAAAAGUUUUGGACAACACAACAAAUGUUGUGACAUAUGGGUGAAUUGAACGUGGAUAUUUUUGACAAAUGGAGAUUUUUAUAUUUAAUUACAGUUAGAUUGUGCGGGUAAUAGUUAAAGAAUUCCAUUUCCAUUCAUUUAGAUUAAUUUUUAGACUUUUUCUCGAGUGCGACGUAAACCAAAAAAGAGGGUGCUCUGCUUGUGAUCUUUAGUCAGUCAUUUAAAAGAGGCUCUUUAUAAGUACGGACACCCUCAUCGCUUCGCUGGUUAGAAUGGUCACUGGCUUGACCUUGUGUAUUUAUCAGAGGGGUGUUUCCGUUUGCACACUUAGCUAGUUUGUACGCUUGCAAUAUACGGUCUUGCAAAUACAGACGUUCAGAAGAAAUCUGA